AUGUAUGUUUCUGAUUUUCCUGAAGUUUACAGCCAGGAAGAGAAAUUUAACUCUCCAGUAAGAUCAUGGUCUUGCUGGUGAUUUGCAAGGUGGGGAGAGCGGGUGUGCAUGGCACUGUGAUGCAUGUGUAAAUUGUAGUGUAUGCAGGAUGCUCACAGUUUUUCUGGUUGGAAAUAUGCCCAGAGACCCCCUAAAAGCUGAUAAUGCCUGAUCUAGGGCCAUGAGUUACAUAAGGAUCUUUGAUUAUAGGAUGAAGGCAUCCAACCAGAAGAAGCUGGUGUAUUGUUGAAUUGACAUGUCCUGACCCAGUCCAUGUCUUGACACAGAUUUUCUCUGUUAUUGGAUUGAGACGACUGUCAGGAACACAUGGGCAAAUUUAGUAUUCAUACAGAUUUUAGCAGCACUCCAAACAACUAUCAUUGCACUAGUACAUUUGCCAAUUUUAAAAAUUGAUUGAUGUUUGCUGUCCAUCAAAUCAUUUGGCAAAUUUGCAAAAAACAAGAUCUGCUACUGUCUGUAAUAAUGCCGUGGUAUGUUUCCCUCUUUUUUACCUUUCCUGAUACAAAAAGGGUGUUCCGAAUGCAUGGGGUUUGCUUUGCAUUAUUACCUUCAAAAAUUAGAUUGUUCAAUCGUUAUGUGAGUUAUAUAAAAUGUACUGAAAGUAUGGAUUCAGACUCUGAUAUUUUACAUUUUUAUAUGAAAUUAAUCUUACAGUUCUCAUUACAUGACCACUGGUUAUGAAGUCUUACAGAGCAACCCAAUACUGCUGGCUGAAUGGGGCAGAGUAUUUGGUAAAAGUCCAGAUAACUUGAGAUAUGCUGCCAGUACAAUGCCCUGCUUCAGGGAUUGUAGAAAGAAAGGAGCAAAGUCCCUUAGUAAGUGCUCAGCCAUGAUGGAAUUACAGGCUCAGUUUCAAUUGGUCCACAUCUGCCAUGCCAUGCCUCCCUGUCACCUGGCCCUUGUCUGUAUGCUGCUGGGGUCUGAACACAGGUGAGCCACAGUUAGAAAAUCAGGCGGACAGAUUAGCACUACAGUCUUGGCAGAAGUCCACUUUUUCAUGCUUCCACUGGCAUUGGAGCUAGGUCAUGGUGAACUCAGGUUCCUUCAUCCUGGCCCAGACCCCCCCCCCCAAGUCUCUGUGUUGUGGGCUGUGAAGCUACCUAUUGGGAAGGUUUCUCAAAAGAGAAUGUGGCUCCGUGAAAAAAAUGUUCAUCACCCUGGUAUAUAGGAUGGUUCAGUUCAUGGCUUGAAUGUAUGCUGUAUGUCACAAAGAGGGCCAUGUAGGCAGCACUCCUGUUUCUCCUAGGUCACCCAAAUGUCCUGGGUGCUUCACAGAUGAUAGAUUGCACAGGGGGAAAUCUUUUCAUACACUUCUUAUGCUGCAAAUGGAGAUCCACAGUGAGCUCUAAUUAUCCAAGAAAAUUAAUGUGGCUUGGGUAAGCCCAUGCAUGCUACACAUGCACUAGUAUUUUCAUCAGAAGAAAGGAAUUCUGUUAAAGAAAUUGAACUGACUUAAUUAGGACGGAACAGAUUGGGAAUUUCACAGUGUCAGUUCCAUAAACAUAGUCUAUAAUUUUUAUUUUUAUUUUUAAUGAUGACACAAGCCUUAACCCAAGAGAUGAAAACAGAUGUCAUCCUGUAUGGAAUGCAACUUCAAGUAGUAUUCUAGUAAAAAUGUUUCAGACACAGCCACUGAUACAUUGACAGUGAGCCUACAGCCCACCCACACUUCCACUUGUGCUGUGCCUAGAAAGCAUGGGGGUGAACGAUUCCCCCCUUGCCCAGCUCCUUUGCAAGGGAAAAACUGCUCCUUAGCAAUAGAUCAGAACAAAUGAAAAUUUGGGGGGAAACAAAAUUGGUUUGCUCUGAUGGAGUGCUAAAUAGUAGUUUUCCCCAGGGAAAAGCAGUAGGGUCAAGAGAAAGUAUGCAUGAGCCCUUAACCACUUCUUGACAGGUGACUGGGCAGCAACCAAUGAAGCUGAAUACUGAAGAUUCAGGAAAGACAAAAACUUCAUACAAUGCACAGUUAACCUGGAAUUCCGGGAGCAGCUUGUUCACUGGGGUGGAAGGACCUGCAACAAACAAUGGCCUCCAGACCUCAGCAGUGCUGCCACUUACUGAGACUUACUGGUGAAUCUGAGGCUACCAACGCAUCCAUGCAUCCCUAUCUUGCUCCCACUGAGAUAAUUUGCUCCCUUAAGAUAUAGUGAUCCCCUAAGAUGUAGCGAUAUUUGCCAGCUUGGAUGGCUUUGAAAGGGUUUCAGUUUAGACAUACUCAUGGAGGAUGAGGGUAUCAGUGGCUACUAGCCCUGGUGGCUAUACAGUGGUACCUCGGGUUAAGAACUUAAUUCGUUCCGGAGGUCUGUUCUUAACCUGAAACUGUUCUUAACCUGAGGUACCACUUUAGCUAAUAGGGCCUCCUGCUGCCACCGGAGCACGAUUUCUGUUCUCAUCCUGAAGCAAAGUUCUUAACCCGAGGUACUAUUUCUGGGUUAGCGGAGUCUGUAACCUGAAGCGUCUGUAACCUGAAGUGUCUGUAAUCCGAGGCACCACUACCACUGUAUUUUACCUCCAAUGUUUGAAUUCUACAUAAGGGGAAAACCUGUUGCUCAGGUUCUGGUUUGUGUGCUUCUCAUAGGUAUGCCAUUUUUUCAUUUAGCUGUUAUUAUUUUAUCUGUAAUCAAAACUUGAGUCUCUGUCAGGGCAGAUAGUGGGGUGUACAAGCAAGCAAGAAGGAAGGCAGCCAGCCAGCCAACCAACCAACCAACCACUUUGUUAUUCACCUCUUCUUCACUGGAGGCUUUUAAAGCGGAGGUUGACUAGCUACUAGCCAGGGUGGUACUUGAUAUUACUGCAUUGCAGGGGGUUGGACUAGAUGACCCACGGGGUUCCUUCCGCCUCUACGAUUUUACCACGGCUCUGCUUCGUCGGCACAAAGGCUGCGGGGUAGCCAAGCACGUCUUGGGGAAAAAAACCCCAUCUCUUAAGGGCGACGACGCGCCCUUACUCCAGGAACCUUCGCUUAGGGACCUGUGUGCCCGAGCGGAGCAGUCAUCGCGCAACACCCUCCCACUCCCGCCUUCCCGCCAGCCUGAGGAUUCUCUCGCUGCCAGGAUGAAAAGGAGGGAGAAAGAGAGAGCCGGACGGGAGAGCGGCGAGGGAGCGUUCUCACCGCGCAGGCGCGCGCCGUCCUCGCAAGUUCCCCCGGGCGGGCGGCAGGUGGCGCUACCGGGGAAGCCUUCCCGGGCGGCCAAUGGAUGAAAGGAGGGAGGCGGAGCUCCGGCGCGGAGGGAGAGCGAGCGAGAGAGAAAGCGAGCCAGUGAGCCGGAGCCACGGUCGGCUCAAGUUGGUUCGCGCGCCGCGACGGCGGCAGCAGCAGAGAGCGAGGAAGGGGCGAACGAGCGGCUGGGCUGAGAGAGAGAGCGAGCGAGCGGCGGUUGCGCUGGCUGGGCAGGUAGGAGUUGGAGCCGCUGCUGCUGCUCUCCAUUCCGACCCCUUGGAGCCCUUUUCGCUCCUUGCAGAGAAAGAAGGGGGGGGUCUUAUCUGUCAGUCAGUCAGUCACCCCCCUCCCAAUUUCUCCUCCCGAGGGUCCCUUCUGCGCCGGCUUUCCCCUUCUGCGCCCUCCCCACUGCAGCCCGGAGGCGGGACAGCGCUUCUCCCAGAGCCCCCCCUCGCCCACCCCACACUCGUCCACGCGCACCGUCGUCGCUCCGGCUCCGGUGUGGCUGCAGCGCCUCCUCUCCUCCUCUCGCUACUCAGGCUGCUGCUUCUAAACUGAUUUUCAACACCCCCCCCAAAAAAAAAAUUCUCUCCCCAUCGCUUUCUAGGCAGGAACUCCCGUCCCACCCCCGUUGCCACUUCUCAGGAUCCAUUGCUCUCCAAAUCUCUCCUUCUCCGUUCCUCUUUAGGAGCCUUUCCUACAGGUUGUAGGGCGGGGAGAGAGAGGGGGGCGGCGGCUACGGCGGCGUUUCUCUGUCGCCUAGCCCCACCAGUUGAAGCCCUUUGCCUGCCCCAUGCUGCCCUAACCUUUCCUUAACGCUGCGUGGCGAGAUUCGCAUGCCUGUCCAAAGUCUCUGCUUUUCCCCCUCCUCUUCCCCUUCCUCCUCCUCUCCAGUUUUAAACUCUCCCGCAGCCUCCCCGUUGAUACUUUAGGUCCUCUUUUUCUCCAACGUGUCCUUUAAAGAUGCUCGCUAUGAAUUGGCUCGGGGGGUGUGUGUGCUUUCGUUUUCAGUUCAUUGUUCGCUUUCCACUAGUGGGGCGAUUGUGUUUGGUUUCUUGGCACGGCAUCAGUUUGCAGAAGGUGGACUUCAAACCCGGGGGACUAGUAUUUGGCAAGCCUCCUUCGCAUCCUUUUUAUCUUUCUCUCACACACCUUCCGUAGCUCAGCUGAGCUCUGCAGCGCUUUUGUCCCCUUUUUAAAAAACCAUCCCGGACGAUUUUCUUUCUACACCUGGGUUUUGCUCCCUGUUCUCCUGAGCCAGCAGUGUAGUUAGUGAGCAGUUCUUAGGACCAUCUGCUGCACAUCUUUUGCUGUGCAUAAAAAGAAGGGAGCGACUUCAUGUAGAGAGCUGAGUGAGGGUUGCUAUUGCCCAUACCCUUUUGUCAGUUUGAUAUGUAAUACGAUAAUUCAAGCAAGUGUAUUGUGGUAACUUUGUGAUUUAAUGUCUCUUUCCCUUCCCCGGGGAAACAGCAAAUACAGAACUCAGUUUUCCCUCUUCCUUUAUAAACAACAAAUACAUCUGAGCCUAACAUAAUUUUCCUUUGCCAGGGGGUGCUGUACCUAUCAAUUAAAGCUUCCACUAUUUCAUGUUUUAAUUGUCCCAAGAGUCACUUAUGCCAUGGCACAGCAGUAAAACUGCUAGCACAUCUGCAAAGCUAAGCACAGUCUGGUAUGGUUUCAAAUUGGAUGGGGGAUUGGACUAGAUGAUCCUGAGGGUCCCAACUCUACGAUUCUUUAAUUCUAUGAGUGCAUCAAGUUGACCUGCAAAAGCUUCUGCAAGUGUUAAUUUAAGUUCUUCCAUAGUUCAUUUGAAAUGAAGUUAUGCAGUACAGCUGUCUUGAUCUCUUUUAGGAAAAACCUAUACGGAGACUGCAUGUGCUUUUAUCUAGCCAGACACCUAUUUUAGUUUAAAACUUUGCUUCACCUUUGAAAAUACAUAUUUGUCUUCUGUGGAAGAAAUCGAUGGACUAAGUGGAUGUAGUAAUGAAGGACUUUUAAAAAAUGAAUUAGAUAUUCAUAAAGAAUAUUGUGUUGAUAGUAUGAGUAGAAUACAGUAUUUAAACUGUGCCAAGUGGUGCUUCUGAGAGCCAUUCUACACAUAGACACGGACUAUGGAGGUAGAAUUCUAGAAUGUACCACUUCAGACUACAGGGGUGUGUGUGCGCAUGCUAUUUUGAGUAUGCGCCAUAUAACAAGGUCCUUGAAUAUAGAAUGCUUACAACCAAGGAUUAAGGAGAAAUUAGAUUCAGUUUGCAUUUAAAGGCGGAACUACCAAAUUGCUCUUUCCGAAACAGUAUAUGAACCAAAACACAGUAAUCCUUUGAAAUGGAUACUUCUCCAAAUUUUGCAAUGCUGUUAAUUCUCCAGCUAAGCAGUUGUACAAAAGUGCACCUACUUGGAUAAAGUGUGUAUAAAAAGGCAUAUAAUUGUGAAAAUAACAUACAAAGUGGCAUUAUAUUGGGAGGUGGAAUGCUUUGCCAAAAUCUGUACACUUCAUGACAGUGAGUUUAGGAGAAUGUUACACUAAAAUGCUGACAAAUUUUCAUGAGGAUUUUUUUAAAUCUGCAAAUUGCUGCAGAAAUGUGUAGAACUGAAUUGAAGAUUGGAAAAAUGAAAUAACCGAGAAAGCUGAAACUGGGAGAUCUGUCUCUAGCUAUUACAUUGGGGAGAGGGAUAAACUUUCCCCAUUAUCUGUUGGAUUCCUAUGUUCAAAGAGUUCUUAAUUUGGGUUGCAUUCAACAGUACAGCAGAACAAAGUACUAGACUGGACUGUCCUACUUGAAAGUUCACUGUACUGUAAUACCUCUGCGAACGUCCGCCUCAUCUAGCGUCCAUUCCAGCGAACGUCCAUGGCAAACCCGGAAGUACUGGAACAGGUUACUUCCGUGUUUGCCACUUGCGCAUGCGCAGAAGCGCAAACCGCACCGUGCGCGCAGACUCAGCGCUUUGCCCUGUGUCCUUGUUGGCUAGCGGCCAGGGUUCCAGAAUGGAUCCUGGUCACAAAACAAGGUAUGACUGUAGAUACAAAUCUAAGAGGGUAGGAAAUGGUCUAGGUUUGAAUUUUCUGCCUGAUGUGCUAAUUUUGUUUGUGUGGAACUUGGUUUUUUUAUGUGGAAGUGCAUUAACCAUCUUGAUCAGCUUUUUAUGCUCUUGUUCACUUAGGCAUUUGGCUGUAAAUUGAUGCCGUACGUUAUGAUGAUACCCUAGCAUGUUCUGAUGGUUAUCUUUUAGUAGGGUGGGGUAGUAUUUGUCCUUCUUAGGUUAUUGCAGGUCGAACAUGUUCAGUCAGUGCCUUUAUAUCUUUUUGAUGUUGGCAGCAUCUGUCUGUCUUGGGAGACAGUGGAGGAGUGCACCUUGAGGAGUAAAGUCAAAUUAUUGGAGCGUUAUAGUGCCUGUCAUGGCUGUAGAGACCAAUAUGGGAGAGACAUGUUUUAUUUCAGGUGAGGCAGAUGAAGGUGUCCAGUUUUGCUGCUACAGCUGCACCAUGGCAUUUCUUCCCUCUCUGAUCUUUCUUUUUGAUUUAUACUAAAUAGUUUAUGUAUCCUCUAAUGUGAGGCACCUUGAGAUAUUUUAUGUAGUAGGUGAUGAACAAUUGCAAUUAAUACUACUACUUCUAAAAAUAGUAUCACCUAAUUUCCCAUCAUUCUGCUGCAUGUGUUGACGCAGACUCAAAAGCAGCUGUAACACUGAUGUCCUGUUUUGACAUUUAUGAAAGGAGGAUUAGAGCAGACAGAAUUUGUAGUGGGAGGAUGCGAGUAGGAUGUCAAGUAAAAUCUUGUUAAAUUUAAUCUUUCAAGCAGGUGGCUGAAACUACUAGCACAGAGCAUCAGAUCACAUGUGUAUCUUUUAUCUAAAUGGUUAAACGUGGUCUUUUAAUUAUAUUGGGUAUAUUGUGAUACUAAUUUUGAUUGUUUAAUGCAGAUCAUUAUACUGGGAUGAUUCUUUGAGAAUUACUAGGCUAACUGGGUUGUCUAAGUGGAUUUUGUUUCUGCUAUGCUGAAAAAAAAUAAUUGCACUGGAGGAAGAGCAAGUAAGAUACUUCAACUGCAGUCAUAAGCAUAGUUAAUAGGGUGUCCCCUUGAACUUCAUAUGUGUACCUCUGUGUAAACAUAGGAUGGGAUUGCAGGGCGCUUGUUAGAAUAGCUGUUUAACUUUAGUGUUUUUCUAUUCUGCACAGUCUGAAAAAAAUUAUCUAAGAUAUUUUUUGCCUCUCAUUAAAUCUAAGUGUGUGUUAGUGUCAACAGUUGCACCAUAUAAUCAUUUUGUUCUAAAACAUAUUAUUUUUUACAGAUUUUAUAUCUAUUCUCUGUGUGAUUAAAAUUCUUUUAAAAAAAUGAUUUAGUUUAAAGUUGUUUAAUACACUUAAGUGUAAAUGUGGUACCACAAUGUGGGGACUAACCUUGGGGAAGCAUUCCGUAAGUUGGGGGCCACCACUGAAAAAGCCGCCUCUCUUAAGAGGUGAUCUUACUAUCCUUGCAUGUGGCAUAUAGAGCCAAACAGAAACAUCUCUUAUAACUAAACUUACACUGUAUCAGAUCCUUCCAGUACCCAGAGUGGUUCAAACUGCCUAUAUUCAUUAAUUACAACUCAGCUAAGAAAAAAUGCCAUUCCCAUGAGAUUUGAUAGAUCUUUGUAUCCCUUUAGAUCCACUCAUUGUAGUUGGAUGCAUGCUUGUAGCUGAUUUCUCAUACUCUUAUUUCAGAUGAGAUCCUCCAAAUCUAAUUACUUGUAGCAGAAGUUGGGGGAAGCUAGUAAGUAAGGCAAGCAUGUAUGAAGAGUCUAGCUCUGCAAUCCUGAGGGUAGGAAGAUUUAAUUUCUUGUCAAUAGCAAGUGACCUCACUAUACUAUUUAUUUGGCAAAUUUUAUGCAAACCUACAUUGUCUGUUGUGAUUUUUUUAGUGUGCAGUGGCUGAAAACGGAAAAAAAAAUCAGUGUUUAUUUUUUAUGAUAGUUUUGUAUGGUGCUGGGUUCUACACUUAAGUUUACAUGGAUGAGUGCCAAAGCACCAGCAAAUGAGGACUAGGCAAUAAUUUCAGCUUCUGGACAGCUUUCAAACAUAUCCGUGUGUUACAGUUGUCUAGCAGGAUCUGCAGUAGUCAUGGUUGCUGGAGCAAGUUUCAGCUAAAAGGCACUGUGUGCUUUAAUCAUCUUAAAGUUAGAGUUUAGCCCAGGGUUUCCCAGAUUUCUGAGACAUUGAGUCCCUGAUGAGCUUAUAAAGUCACUGUUGGCUCCAACUCCAGUUCUUAGGAAUGUAAAUGAAAUAAAGUAAAGAAAUAGUGAUGCAUAACCAAUAUUUAUUAAUCUGAAUUGAUGGAAAAAAGGAAGCAAAAAAGAGGACGAAUAUUAAUAAUGGGCUUUAACAAACAUAUGAGCAUUGGGCUGCAGGUUUGUGAGGUGCACUCAGUACAUGCUCAUGCCUUUUAUAUUUGAGAUCAUAGGUAUUUUUAUUUUUUUUUGCACUGUAGCUCGUGAACAUCUUUUUCCCUUGGGCUGUUUCUGACCCCUUUUUGCUCCCUGCACAGUCUCAGUGACCUUGGGGGGUAAUAGUGACAGCUUCCAGCCUAAAUAUUACUGAAGUGUGUAGUGUAGUGUAGUCUGUUUCAUCAGGAAGGGAGCAAUGUAACUCCCACCAUUAGUCCAUUCAUCACCUUGACUAGAAAGGUAAACUACCAUAUUUUUCGCUCUAUAACACGCACCCGACCAUAACACGCAUGUAGUUUUUAGAGGAGGAAAAUCCGUAGGCAUGCCACCCGUAGGCAUUCCCUCCAUAACACGCACAGACAUUUCCCCUUACUUUUUAGGAGGAAAAAAGUGAGUGUUAUGGUGCAAAAAAUACGGUAGAUGGUAGCAAGUAUAUGAGUCUAGGAGGCUAAACAAAGCAGGGGUUUCAUAAUAUGCUCCUUUAGGAAGGCAGAAAUUGCCAAAUUCUUAACAGGAGGCAUUGACUAAAUCAACUUCUUUACCAUAGUGACAUCAUCUAGAAAAAGCAAGAGCCAAACACAGAUGUCGUUGACUGUACAUGGUAAGAAAAAAGUUUCAGCUUAUAUAGUUAAAAUCAGGAAGGUCCUGGAAUCUCUGACGUAGAAUCUGUAGUCAGAGUUAGUCAGAGUAAGGUUACCGUGAGAAAUUUAUUUGAAGUGCUGACCUUGAAUUUUUCCAGUGGGUCAUCAUUACCCACUUCAAGGUUGUUGUUUUUACUGUGUGUGUGUGUGUGUGUGUGUGUGUACAGUGGUAUCUCGGGUUACAUAUGUGUCAGGGAACUGCCAUCGGAGCCAGGGGGAGAGGGAGGGCUCCAGAGGGAUUCCGGAGAGCGUCCCGGGAGGGAGAGAAGCAGCACAUCUUCUGGGGAAGGAAAUCAGCGUAGCACCAGUGGAGAAGGGGGGCAGAUGGGGGAAUCAGCGAGGUGGCUCCAUGACUCUUCGCCGGGGACCAGUGGGGAGAGCACGGGUCCUCCGCUGCCCACACCCUCCCUGCGCAGAAGGCUUCCGUGCAGGGAGACUAGGCGGAGACUAGGCGUCAAAGAACUUUUGUGCUGGAAGAAGUUCAAGAAACGCCCACUGACGGAUUCUGCCAGCGAUUGAGACAACCACGGGCGAGUGGCUGUCCGGACAGAAAAGGUUCACUCAGGCAACCCAGCCAGGUGGGGCGCCGAUUUACGCACGAGCAACCCAUUAGCUAAAGUGGUGCUUCAAGUUAAGAACAGUUUCAGGUUAAGAACGGACCUCCGGAACGAAUUAAGUACUUAAUCCGAGGUACCACUGUACAGACACAUACAGAGACGCAGAUAUAUAUGAAAUAAAUAAGUCAUAGGUUAUUUUUUUUCAUGGUUCUGUCCAGUAUGUUAAAGGCCAUUUAAUCCAUAUGGGAAAGCGUCAAUUGACUGUACUACAUGUAUGGGUUGGUGAUAGCAUUAUGGUUUAUUCUGUCAUAGAGUAGGCUCAGUUGAAUUUAUUCCAAGUUACCUGUUGCUGUUACUCAGGUAAUCAAUUAUUCAGGUAAUCAGUUGCCUACCCAGUUCUUGGAACACAGUCCUCAAGUACCAAAGAGUUUAAUGUACACUGAUCCAUUGAGGAAUGCAUGCCAGAGGAUUAUAUUGGCUGCCUAAAUGAGAUCUGUACUUCAGAUAGUACUAGAGUUGCAGUAGGAUAGGAGGUGCAGUAUAUUUAUAGUCCCUAUUCAAGUUACUUCUUGAAACUCAUUAGGCUUUGGAACAGUCUUAAUAGACCCACCACAUCUACAUUAGAACGAACUGACAGUGUCAGCAGUCACCCGUUAAUGUCCUGUACAUAACAGUAGCUACUAUUUUCCCUCACCCAGUUCAAAAUAUUGUACCAAAUCUAGUUAUGAGUUGAUUGGUUGAUAUCUUAGCAGAACCUCAUUCUGUUAUUGAGUGUAAAGCCAGGCCAUCUGUUUCAUGGCAUACUUGAUGAUGAAGACUGAAUUCUUGUGCGUCACCAAAAUGCUACUGCCACUGAUCCCAGCCUGAUGCUGAACAGUGAACCCAGCACAUUCCCAGACCUCUUGGCUGGCUCAGCAUUUUCAUCUGGGAACAAGUCCUAAAUGACCAAACUGUAACUACUGAGUUGGCUUUAUAAGGUACCUACCACAAAGUUAGCAGGCACCUAACUCUGUGUGCAGGAUUCAGGAAGAGCUGAUAGGUUUUAAUGUUCUAUUCCCUCUUUCUCCCAGAUGACAGCCCUCACUUUUCAAUGUCACAUACCCUUAUUGUUGAGAACUUAGUUUUCAUGGGCCUCUCCAUCCCAUUAUGAGACAUUUAUAUGUAAAAUUUAUACUUUCUCAUCCCAAAAGUGCCCAGUGUGACUGACAAUAUAAGAUGAAAUGAAACCAUAUCCCAUAUGCAAUAAUUAAUAUGACAGUUAGAAAAAUACAGUGGCUAACUGUACCUGCCCCUUUCCAAGUUCCUUUACAAAUAAAAAUGUAUUCAAUUUUUUAUUUGAACAGAGCUAGGGUAGAGAAUUGUCUGGCCUCUCCUGGGAAUUCCAGAGACACCAGAGAAAGCCUUUGUGUUCACAUCCUCCUAGACAUCCAUGGUAUUAAUUUAAGAAGGGCCUUUGCUUUUGUUGGUGGACAUAUGGAGAAGCCAUGUCUUCAAGCACUUGAGUUCCAGGGAAUUUAGGGAUUUGUAGUAUCAGUGUCUUGAAGAUAUGGGCAAUUUUCAGUCAAAUUGAAAGAUAAAAUGGAAGAGAUAAAAAGGAAAGGAGUCAUAUGCUCAAUUUCAAUAACCACCUCUUUAUUGCACUAAAAAUAUCCCCUCUUAACAGAGAAAUGUCUAUAUUUACUGGCCAUUACUAUAACAAAGGUUCAAAACCAUCUUAGCCCAUUGUAGGGAACGUAACAAGGAAUAGUAGAUCAGUAACUAAUAUUUUCCUCUCAUAGGUUGACGCAAUAAAACAGCAUCUUUUGACAUUAUCUUUUGGGCAGCGACCCAGCAGUGAGCUGCCCUCCCUCCACCUGCCAGUAAAUAAAUAAUCAUUCCCAAGUACUUAGAAGUCAUUGUGGGAGGAUAUCCACCCAGUAAGAAGGCUUUGGUUCACUAUAGAGUUGCAUGGUACUCAGCAUGAGGUUCAGUUGUAAAACGGUUGCUGUUGAGCUAGUAUACCUGCUUUAUUUGGGAAAUGCCGUACUUUUCUAUGUAUAAGACUAAGAUUUUUUCUUUAAAAGUUAUGUUAAAAAGACAGGAGUGCCUGGCGUGCUCUGGUCCAUGGGGUCACGAAGAGUCGGACACGACUAAACAACAAGAAAUGUUAAAAAUUGGGGGUCAUCUUAUACACAGAUAGUGUAUCCCCCCAUUUUCUUAAUUUGGAGUCCCCCCAAAAUGGUGCGUGUUAUAUAUGGAGGCGUGUUAUACAUGAAAAAAUACGGUAUAUGAAUUUUGAAGUGGAAAACAAAUUGAUAAUUCAAAUCAACCCACACUGUUAAUAAUCCAGUGAAUUUGUAUUUGAUGCAGUUGAGAGAGGCAGCUGAGGAAGUCUGAUCCCUCGGCAAUCUUCGCGGAGCUCUGGCCCAAUGGUUGCCAGUGGCUUGAAUUAAUUAAUUUUAUAAUGAAUUAUUUUAGAGUGUUGUUUGUGCUGUACUUUUGUACUGUUUUAUUGUUGUUAGCCGCCCUGAGCCCGGCUUCGGCUGGGGAGGGCGGGAUAUAAAUAAAAUUUAUUAUUAUUAUUAUUACUAUGAUCAGUUGAUAUGAAGGCAGAUGUAAAUGAAUAGUAGAUAUUGGUCUUGUUAAUUUAUGCUUGUCUAGAAAAUUAAACAAUGCAGGAUUUUGUUAUAAUCUUUCGAUAACUUAGAUCACUCACCCAUAGUGCUGUGCUUUGUGUCUUUCUGGUUGACAUUUUCGUCUGUCACCUGUGGAGACUGUUGACCUUUGGUCUCUGUUAAUGAUUGUAUAAUAAUGACAAACUAGUCAAAUAUGGCAUCACUUUCAAGUUUUUAGGGCUGCCACUGACUCGCUUCUUCCUCUCCCCACCCCGCCCACAUCAUCAACCGCUAUUUUUGUAGUUGAGUUAUGUUUUUUGUCUUUGUAAAAUGCUUGCCUCAACUUGAAUUUCUGUUUAGUCGUUCAGAUAGUUUCCAUGCAGCUUUCAGGUUUAAGAUAACUUUUCACAAAGAAAAAUGUAAACAGAACAUUUAUGUUUUAAGUGGAAAAGUUUAAAGGGUCUUUGUGUGUAGAAAUGUUUAGCUACAGUGAUUAUUCCCAAGGAAUUUGCUACAUAGGGAGUAGCUUCAGUCCAUUUUGCAAAUGCUGCUUUCUGUACUGCCACAGUCUUAUCCUUGCAUCUUAGAGGAGCAGAUCAAAAAGUUUUUAAUUUAGGCAUAGUUAAUUGUUUAUUUUAGACUGCCUCAGUGGGAGAGAGGAGGAGUGGGGCUCGUUGAGCAUGCGGUAUAUCUUGCCCCUGAACUUCUUCCACUCCAGCUGCCAUUUGAACUUGAAGAAUUGGUGCCUGAGUUUGCUUUUUCUCUAUUGACUCCCUGUCUCUUUUCUCUUCUUGAACUGUCUCUUAGAUUAUAGUCCUGUGGGUAGAGACUGUCUUACUUUAAUUGAUUGUAUUUAAGCUGCUCUGGAAGGGGUUUUGGCUGAAGGGCAACGUACAAAUGCUAUAAAUAAACAGUUGCUUCCCAAGGAAACUUCAUUUAGAAGUAUCAAGAAAAGUUACUAUUUGAAUACAGUAUAUCAGUGGCUAAAGAAAUCUCCACAGGACGACAAUUUACCACUGGCAAAUUUAUCAAACAGAGAGAACAGUUCUUCUGAAUAAGGAGUUAGUCCACAAAAGUCAUUUUUUUUGGUGACAUUUAUGUGCUUAAGCAUGCUUUUGUUUUUAAAACACCUAAUGUAAGCAUUAGCUUUUAUAUUUAUAGCAAAUAUUUUUAAACAUGAAAGGGCCCAAGUGCAGUACAGUCAUACCUUGGAAGUUGAACAGAAUCUGUUCCAGAUGUCCGUUCGACUUCCAAAAUGUUCGAAAACCAAAGCGUGGCUUCUGAUUGGCUGCAGGAAUUGGAAUCUGCGGAAGCCCCGUCGGACGUUCGGCUUCCAAAAAUAGUUCGCAAACUGGAACAGUCACUUCCAGUUUUGCUACGUUUGGGAGCCAAAACGUUCGAGAACUAAGCUGUUCGAAAACCAAGUUAUGACUGUAUACUGAAGCGGGGUUAUGGGUGGAAAGUCCUCUGAUUAUUACAGCAAGUUAUCGCCAUGUAAUAUGCAUUGCAUAUUACAGUGUCUUGUAAGUAUUUAUAGAAUCUCUUCUAGCCAUUUAUUUAGCCUGACCAAGAACUAUAGUUUGCACUAAGUAACUUUUUCAUAAAAAGAUUUCCAAAGAUUACUGAAAGCCUUGUAACUUGAUUAUAAUGAUAUACUUGGGUUUUCUUCUUCUUCUUUGGUGAUUACUUGUAGCUGAGUAAGAUUGUCUUCCAUAAACACGAUUUUAACAAUAAGUCCGUAAGUGACUGUGGAGGCCAGUUCUGGAUCCACACGUCCUUCCACAGUAGGGACAUUGGUUUCCGGGUAGGAGUUGAUCACAGUGUGGAUUUGCCAAGCGUGCCUUCCUCCUAGCACGUUUCUCCCUUGCGUUCUGAGUUCGAGUGUCUUCAGAGUCCAUGACACCUCUGGUAAAGGCUGUUCUCCAACUGGAACGCUCGCAGGCAAGUGUUUCCCAAUUGUUGGUGUUUAUACUACAUUUUUUAAAAAAUUGCCUUUAAACCUCUUUUGUUGACCACCAGCUCGUAUUGGCCUGAAUAUAAGCCUCACUUUCCCCCCAAAUUCUGACUGUGAAAAAUUAAAGUGCAGCUUAUAUUCAUGACCUUACGGUAUGCAGCCAGGAACGUGGGACAAACAGCACCAGGAGUGCGGUGAAGCAACGCCUGCCAUGUGCGUAGCUCCCCGUCCUUUCUCCCAAGGCUGGGAAGGGAGAGAGUGAGGAAGGAAGGGGAAAGGCCGCUGGCAGCGCUGCGCGGCUCCCCCCUCCCUAGUAUGCAGCUAGGAGCAGCAAGGAAUGGAGCGGCUUAUAUUCAAUUAUUUUUUUCUCUCCCCCCCCAUUUUAAAGGUGCAGCUUAUAUUCGGGUGCGGCUUAUAUUUGGGCCAAUACGGUAUAUAAAAUUGUAGUAUGGAAAUAUGUCCAUGCAGUGGUAUCUUCUCCAUACAUAGGCCCUAAGAUUGUCAUCCUGACUUAAAUCUGAAAGCAUGGAAAGUCUGACUUGCUGAUUUAAUUGAAGAGACCUCCUACAAUAGCUAUACAAGUGCCUUUCUUCUGCAAUGAUUUAGUUUCUUGGUCCUUGUUGCUAUAACCUAAAAAUGUACAAAAUCAUUUGAAGCUUUUAAAAGGAUACUUGUUUGGACAGGUUAUUAAUGGGCUUUGCAUAAAAGUAGCACUCCCAGUGCAGUUGUUAAGUUGUGCCAGUGAACAGACACUGUCAGAUAUUACUCCGUAUCCUCAGUGAUACUUAAUUCUUUCCCCUCAUAGAUAAAAGUAAAAGAGAAGGUUUAUUUUUUCCAAAUGCAAUGGAGAAUUGGCAAGCUAGAUUUUUUUUUAAUAAAAAGCAUGUCUUCUACAUUCAAAUUUCCUAAGAAAUAUGCAGCUUAAUCUUAACAUGAGUAUGAUGAACAUAAAAAAGGACAUUUUAAUCGGACACAUGGUGUGGACUCACUUUGACUGACUAAAGUGUUAGCCCUUAGUUCACUGCUAUUUCUGUGGAAUGAGGAAUUUCAUAUCAGCAAGCAUAAUCUCUGAGAAUAACUUGUACUGUUUCGUUUUACAAGAUUUCUGUUUGUCUUGUAUGGAUUUUGCCUUGGACCUUCUCAAGAACCAUAGAAGAGAGUAAGCAGUAGCGACUUAAGCUGCUUCUGUUCAGGCUUAUGGGUAUCAUUUGAAGCAGGAAAUUGCACCUGUCCAAUUUAGUGACAGAAUAUUCACCACCCUUGAGCAAGAUAUGGAUGGUUCGGAAGAUAAAAAACACAUUAUGUGCUCUCACUGGGACAUGAAGUUGCUUAUAAAAGGAAUUUUAAAGUAAAGGGUUUUUGAUGUAGCAGCAAGCACAAUACUGCAUGGGUGAUGCAGUUCGUACUAUCUCUAAUUUUACAAGACUUACCAAUUAACACCCCAAAGUUACUAGGCAUGUAUGAUACCCGUAUGAAGCGAGUGAAUAGUUUUACCACAGGGUUGCUGCAUUGACUUCUUGGGAGGGUCUGGCCAUGUUUUCCACUUUCUGCAAUUUGUCAGACUGCAUGAAUCAUAGAAUCAUAGAAUCAUAGAGUUGGAAGAGACCACAAGGGCCAUCGAGUCCAACCCCCUGCUAAGCAGGAAACACCAUCAGAGCACUCCUGACAUAUGGUUGUCAAGCCUCUGCUUAAAGACCUCCAAAGAAGGAGACUCCACCACACUCCUUGGCAGCAAAUUCCACUGUCGAACAGCUCUCACUGUCAGGAAGUUCUUCCUAAUGUUUAGGUGGAAUCUUCUUUCUUGUAGUUUGGAUCCAUUGCUCCGUGUCCGCUUCUCUGGAGCAGCAGAAAACAACCUUUCUCCCUCCUCUAUGUGACAUCCUUUAUAUAUUUGAACAUGGCUAUCAUAUCACCCCUUAACCUCUCCUCUUCUCCAGGCUAAACAUGCCCAGCUCCCUUAGCCGUUCCUCAUAAGGCAUCGUUUCCAGGCCUUUGACCAUUUUGGUUGCCCUCCUCUGGACAUGUUCCAGUUUGUCAGUGUCCUUCUUGAACUGUGGUGCCCAGAACUGGACACAGUACUCCAGGUGAGGUCUGACCAGAGCAGAAUACAGUGGCACUAUUACUUCCUUGAUCUAGAUGCUAUACUCCUAUUGAUGCAGCCCAGAAUUGCAUUGGGUUUUUAGCUGCCACGUCACACUGUUGGCUCAUGUCAAGUUUGUGGUCAACCAAGACUCCUAGAUCCUUUUCACAUGUACUGCUCUCAAGCCAGGUGUCACCCAUCUUGUAUUUGUGCCUCUCAUUUUUUUGCCCAAGUGCAAUACUUUACAUUUCUCCCUGUUAAAAUUCAUCUUGUUUGUUUUGGCCCAGUUCUCUAAUCUGUCAAGGUCGUUUUGAAGUGUGAUCCUUUCCUCUGGGGUGUUAGCCACCCCUCAAAGUUGAAAAGAUGACCAGCUUUCCAUGGUAAUUCCUCUGUGCCUGUGAUGAUAACACACACACACACACACACACACACACACACACAAACACACUCUUACUUUUUUACAUUCCAUUGGUUUCAAUUUGAAUUCUAACCCACAUAUAAACAUUCUAAACAAAUAAGGUAUCUGUUUGUUCUGAGAAAAAGUUCAUGUGUGUGUGAGAGAGCGCGCGCGCACUGAAAAGAAGCAGUUUUGAGUUUUUUGAACAGUGUCAGAGACAUGCGAAGAGAAACACGUUAAAGGGUUUCUAUUCUUCCUAUUGCAAUGCGUGUUGAAACUGAAUUUGUAAAUGACCGUUUGUUAUAGUGAUAUUGUAAAUCACCAGGGGUGUCUCCCUUUCAACAGACUCUGAAUUUUCCAUGAUGUGGGCAAAGAGACCAAGGAACAAAACAACCACCCUUCUUUGUUUCUAGUUCCGUGUCACAACUUUCCUGGGGGAUAAGACUGAUAGCCAGUCUAUUAUUAUUACUUGUUUCAUUAUCCAGUUUAAAAGUAUGGAGUUACAGUUGAGGACUGUGGUUUGGUUUUGGUUCUGUUUUUUGUUCAAUGCUUUCCAAGCCCCAAGUUAGAUGAAAGAUUCCUGCAUUGCAGGGAGUUAGACAAGAUGAUCCUCUUGGUCCCUUUCAACUCUAUGAUACUAUGAAUUCUAAUAAGAGAUGCUAAGUGGGACAUACUCUAGUACACUCUAAUAAUUAUUUUCAAUAUUUCAGCAUUGACUUGCACCAGCACUUUUCAUUGACUACAUAACUAUCAUAGAAGUAAACAUGAAUAAUUUUUGUUCAUGUGUAGUCUUCCAGUAGGACUACAAUAAGUAAAUACAUUUAGAAUUUAUGUAGUAAUAAAUCAGAACAAAUAAACAGCAAUGCUUUGAUUUGAACCACUUACCGUAUUUUUCGCUCUAUAAGACGCACCAGACCAUAAGACGCACCUAGUUUUUGGAGGAGGAAAACAAGAAAAAAAUAUUCUGAAUCCCAGAAGCCAGAACAGCAAGAGGGAUCACUGCGCAGCGAAAGCAGCGAUCCCUCUUGCUGUUCUGGCUCCUGGGAUAGUUGCGCAGCCUGCAUUCGCUCCAUAAGACGCACACACAUUUCCCCUUACUUUUUAGGAGGGAAAAAGUGAGUCUUAUAGAGCAAAAAAUACGGUACUUCACCAAACCUUUAUUAGGCAUUGCAAAUAUAGGCCAUCAUAAAACAUCAAUAUAUAAAAUUUUAAAAUAUGUACAAAUAAACAGCCAUGUCAGAACGAGGAUUUUCAUUGGAGUUUCUUCCCGCUAAAUAGUGGAAUUCACCACUCUGAGAGACUCAGUUGAUAAAAGCUCAGCCACCCUUGCAGUUACUUUGGCAUUGAGUUUGCUUUGGCAGAUGUUAAAGGAAUAUAAAUUCUGUAUUAAGAUCAGCAAGCGUUGAUUGAUUCCUAACUCUACAAGUACGAACUGAAACAAAGGACAGUGAUCAGCCCUUCCCUCUCGGGGCAGGAAACUGCGAACUCCCCUUUUUCCUCUGGAAAGUACUCAUGGGGAGGGGGAAAGGAGGAACCGGCCAGGUGACAAGACACUCAGGUUACCACCACAACACCUCCCCCAACCCCUCCUUUUUGUGAUGUAUCAAUGAUGUAGUCAUGCUGUAGUUGUGAUGUAGUCUUAGGGGUGUAGCAUGAGGGAUUAGUAGCUAAUAAAAGUUGGGGUCUCCUUUUGUUCAGGGCUUCCAUCUUGCUUCAUCUUGCAGUGGGUGGGAGUCCUGUCGCGGCAGUCUUCAAUAAUGACCAAGCCUAUUGGCUGCUGUUUUGCUCCAAUUGUCCUGGUUGGUGUCUUUACUUUUUGUCGGAUUUCUCCGUUAACAGUAGAAAAAUUGGGUUAGAUGUUGUGGCCACGACAGCAUGUAGGCUCAGCCCCAAGAUUGAGAUUGUAAGAUGAAGAUGUUCCUCUGAGGUGCUACAGAUAUUGACGUACGCAAUAUUUAGAAUCUUGGGAUAAAGAAACAAUGGUUUCUUUCUCCAUUAUUUUUUUAAAAGAAAAUGAAGUCUGGCUUGUAAUCCAGGUGUGACCAAUACCUCAAACAAAACACACAGGCAGAGAGCAGAAGUAAACAGAAAUGGGGUAUUCUGUUAUCAUUGCAAAGCCAGGAGUUAAACCAGUUAAGUAGUAAUUGCUGCUUUAUCUCAGAAUCCUAGGUGUGCAGCCAGAUAUUGAAGCCCCUCCUUUCACGUUCCAUUUUGGAAGUGAGUGUACAAGCUGACCUCAUGGAUGCAACACCCUACUUUUUUCUUUGUUUUCCCUCACCCCAGUAUUCCCUGCUUUGUGUAAUAUUUUGCCUGCUGAAGAAUUCUGGAGAACAUAAAAGCUUACCACGUUUUUGUGUCAUUUUGGUUGGUCCUAAUAAAGAUACUGCUUGACUGUGGACUUUUGGAGUGUUUUCUUAUGGACCAGCAUAGCUAACUUAGUUUAUACUUAUACAGUGGUACCUCAGGUUACAUACGCUUCAGGUUACAUAUGCUUCAGGUUACAGACUCCGCUAACCCAGAAAUAGUGCUUCAGGUUAAGAACUUUGCUUCAGGAUGAGAACAGAAAUUGUGCUCCGGUGGCGCAGCGAUGGCAUGAGGCCCCAUUAGCUAAAGUGGUGCUUCAGGUUAAGAACAGUUUCAGGUUAAGAACAGACCUCCGGAACGAAUUAAGUACUUAACCCGAGGUACCACUGUACUAGCAUAAAACGUAUACACACUUUCUCACACAUUAAGACCAAACUCAGAAACGCUGAUAGCUGUUUGACUGAUAUUUCCCUUCCAAUUAUGCAGUAUUUUACUAUUCCCAUUAAACUGUGGCAAAGCAAUUGAUUGGUAGCAAAAUAUCUCAUGCAGUAGCUGGAGGAAUGGAUAUAAUGGGAAUGUCAUCCCUUGCUAUACAGAUUGGUCUAGGAAAUGCUUUCAGGAGUUUCCUUGACAACUGAUUUCUAGUGCAAGAACAAUUUUGUAUUAUUACCUUGAAUAAAAGCUGUAGCUUUUAUCAACCUGUGCGUGCCUCUUUUUGUAGUUGCUGGUACAGUGUCCAAAGAAUAGCACAGCGGAAAGCAAAGACUGAAACUGGUAGCAGGAGGAAAUAAUGUAAUGACAGGACAGAUUUCCCAGACAUGCAGAUUAUGUGAUCAAGUCAUCUAGGCUUGCCACACAUCGCUUCUUCAUUGUGCAUGGAACAUGUAUUUUAAAAAGUGUGUGUGUGUGGUUUAUUUGUUUUUAAAGCCUGAAUAAACUCCUUUACCUCAUCAUUUUCUCUGCCUCUAUAAUUUCCUGUGCUCCUAAAUAGUACCUUGCUAUCUAAUUGCAUAUGUUAAGUUAUUCCCAAAGGCCAUUAAUUAGCUGAUGGCCUACGUUGGAGAGUGCCUUUUGGCCCCUUGGCAUUUAUGCUGUGAAGUGCCACAUGACACUAUUUAAUCCUCAGUGCAGUUGAAUAUCUAUAUGAAACUGUUGGGAGUGUGGAGUACGGUGCCAUACAUAUGCUGACAACACUCAACAAUAUUUCUCUGGAACAUGUAAAAUAGCAGAGAUUGUGUGGAUCCUAGAUUGGUUCCUGAAUGCAGUGGUGUGCUGGCUGAGGAAAAAUAAACUGACCUUGAAUCUUGACAAGACAGAGGUGCCGUGGAUGAGAAAUUGGCUAAUUACCUGCAGUCUGGAGAUGCUUCUGGAUCUAGCUUUGCCACCGGAGGCCCAUAUGGCCUUGGUGGCUAGCAGCACCUCUUGUUACCUUAAGGCAAUAUGAUGGCUAUUGCUGUUCUGCUCAGUCAUAUCUCCUGGCUGUCAGUGUAUCUCUGUGGAACUAACUUGCCUAGAGUGAGGAGAGAGUAGAUAGAAUAGCAUUAAGUUGCCGAACAUUCAGCUUGUACUACAGUUGUACCUUGGGUUACAUACGCUUCAGGUUACAUACGUUUCAGGUUACACACUCCGCUAACCCAGAAAUAGUGCUUCAGGUUAAGAACUUUGCUUCAGGAUGAGAACAGAAAUCGUGCUCCGGCGGUGCGGCGGCAGCAGGAGGCCCCAUUAGCUAAAGUGGUGCUUCAGGUUAAGAACAGUUUCAGGUUAAGAACGGACCUCCAGAACGAAUUAAGUACUUAACCUGAGGUACCACUGUAGUUCCACAUUAGGUGGUCCAACCUUUGCACAUCUUGUCACCACAGGGAUACUGAAGAACAAUCUUGCCUUGAGGAAAGGAGAAACAAUACUUAGAGAACUUGACUGAAGAGCAGUCAUAAUGCAAUGAACACAGAGACCUGAAUGCAGGCAACUGAGAGCAAAUAUCUAAGGGAGGUCUUAAGUCGCAUGCCAGUUUGGAGAAAAAUGGUUCUUUUUGCUUUGUCCUACUUACUAAUGCUCAAACUCAGGACGAAAGGGAGAAACGUGCUAAGAGGAAGGCACAUUUGGCAAACCCUCAUCGUGGUCAACUCCUGCCUGGAAACCUAGGUCCCCACUGUGGAAGGAGGGACUUGCGGAUCCAGAAUUGGCCUCCACAGUCACUUACGGACUCACUGUUAAGACCGUGUUCAUGGAAGACAAUCUUACUCAGCUAUGAGUGAUCACCAGAGAACUACUAUUAACACUCACCUGUUGUGACAUAACCAGGGAUGAGAGAAUUCCCACUAUUCCAUUCCUUAUUGUAGUUGUUAUUCUGUAUUAUGAAUCUGACUUGUCGUUUCCUUUCUGUUCUGCUAUUCUGUGUUGUAUCACACUCGUUAUAGAUUGUUAGGGUUUUUUUUUUAAAAAAAAUAUCAUGUAAAUUGUUUUGAGAUGCCUGGUUUGAAAAGAGGCAUACAAAUACUACAAAUAAUAAGGUGUUCCUGUUAGUAUAUAAAGCCCUCAGCAGCUCCAGGCCAGUUUACCUUUUCAUAUUCAUGCCCAUUUAUCCAGUUUGAUCUGCAGAACUUACACUUCUGCAAGUGCCAGAUAGUGUUCAUUCCACAUCUGCCAGUAAUUAAUAUUUUAGUCUGGCAGGACAUAUUCUCUGGAACACCCUGCCUAUUAUAAUCAGGCUGGCAUCCUCACUAUACUUGUUUAAUGUCUUCUAAAACUACCCAGACAUAGGAUUUUAUUAGGUAUACUUGUUUUUAAAAUUUUGUUUUUAAUUGGUACUUUCCCAUAAACAUUUUACAAUAUUUUAUGUAAACAACUUGCAUUUUGUUCCCUUUAUUGGCAUGCCUGUUCAAAACAGUGCUCAACAUGUUUUGUGUGUGUGUGUGUAAAAUUCUGUCUAGGUUGUGCUUUUAAGAUGUGUGUGAUAAGACAGAAAAAGCAAGAGAUUAAGAAUAACAUGACACCACAAGUUCGUAAUAUUCUUUGAGCUACCCUGGAGUGGAACUGCAGGGAAGCCAAAGCAUGUUAACACUAUGAAAUAAAGGAUCUCAGUCUCUUUGCCUGAGAACGUGCAAGGAAUUUAACUCCAGUAGAUAUUGAACGCAGCAUAUAAUCCUUCUUAGUUCAUAAGAACAUGAUUACGUAGCAACUGUCUUGAUGGGUCAGUCCAAAGGUCUGGCUAGUCCACCGUCCUUUUCCCCACAGUGGCUGACUAUAUGCCUAUGAGAUUCCCACAAGUGGAACAUAUACACAAUGACUUUAGUGUGUGAUUUUCAGGGCAAAACUGUCCCCAAGUACUUUGCAUCAGAAUCAUAACAAACACUAUGUCCUAAGCCAUUAGAAUAUUUGCAAUUUCACCAAGAGCUUUUAGCUGGUACUUAGAAGUUUGUGAAAUAUUUUUGAUUUAAUAAAAAUGUUUUCCCCAUAACAGGAGAUAGUGGGAAUUUUUAAAAAGUGGUCUUUUACAAGGAGUGCAGAGAAAGGAUAUUUUCCUUAAAAUAAAGUUCCAUUUUUUUUAAUGACGCAGCUGUUAUUCUUAUCUUUGGGCCUUGUGCAGGUCAAGAACUUGUUGUUAUUCAAAGAAAUGCUGAGCACUUUGCUUUUAAACAGAGGAAAGCAAGGCAUAAUCUCUGUUCCAAAUCUCUCCAACACUUCCCCUGAACAGUUUGCUGCUCACUUCCAGCACUGCAAUUUGUAAUUGAAAAACAAGUGAAACACAUGAUUAAAGAGUUAAUACAAACAAAUUAUCAAUUGUCUUUUUCUUUCUUAUGUUUGCAUUCUAUCUUUUCCCAAUACUUAGGACUUAGGACUUUAUGAUUUUGCCAUAAGUGAAAUCUUAAUAAAUAAAUAAGUAAGUAUCUUUGCACUAACUCUGUAUGACAAGAGUGGUUAACAUUUUUUGGCCUGGGAGUCAAAAUCACCCUUGGCCAAUUUUCUGGGACCACAUACCAGUGGUGAGUGUGGCCAUCUCACAAGUUUACAUUACUGUCCUACCUUUUUUUCUUUUUUUCUUUUAGUUACUUUGUCUUGCCAUUAAAUCAUACAAGUAGCAUGAAAGUUACAGCUGGAAACCAGGAGUGACUAAAACAGCUAAACCUGUGUUUAAAUGCAACCUAGACUCAAGCUGGGAGCAUUGCAGUCAAAGAACAGUGCUACUCUUGGCUCUCUCCUUUUUUUCAUAAGGGUAGAAUAAUUCUUAGUUGUACAACGAAACAAUAGUAUAAUGGUCAAGUGACUUAUCUAGUGAAGUUGAAGGGAGAUAGCAGGAGAAUUGAAGGCUUUUUAGAAUAAUAAACAAUGAAACUUGGGGCCUUGGAUUCAAACCACCCAUCUUUUGCAUUUGCACAGCAUGUAUGUCAUCAGUUUCUACCCAUUCCUCCUCUGCCAUGUAUGCACAGUGAUUCCCACCCCCCACCCCUGAGUUCAGAAACAGCUUUUCAGGCAAUAUGAGAGGCUGCCUCAGGAAGGGUCAGUGAUAAUUAUACUGAUGUAGAGGGAAUGCUGGUCUUGGAGCUGGUGUGCAAGAACAUUGAAGAUUCAGAAUAUCAGAUGUGGGGAUGUAGGGUAAAAGGCCAUGUUGAGCAUAAUUCCAUGAUCAUAGGCAUGACUAACAAGUAUAUUUGGUGGCUGACAAAGGAAAUAGGGAGGGCUUGGAGAGGGGAAGAUUAGAAGCUCUGUAUUUGCAAGAAUCCAAUUACUAAAUAAUCCUUUCAAGCUAUUACAUAAUCCCCACUGCCUUUUCAUUUAAAAAAUGGCUGCUAAAGAAAAAUUGCAGUUUUUAUAUUCUUCUACCUCUCUCUAUCUAUAUAUGGAUUUGUUUUGGUUUGAAUAAUUAGGAACCCCCCCCAUUAGUGUAAAAUAUUGUGUAAUAGUGAGAGGCACAUAACUGAUGGCAUUUAUGAGAAUUAUUUCCCCAACUAAAUAGCUACAAUUAUGUCGUACUCCAAUAAUCUGUGAAGUUAUUCUAUGUAAACUUCAGUCGCGAUCUAUAGAUUUGCUUUUUCAAUGUUGAAGGUAAAAUAUUCAGAUGUGAUUACUGAUUAAGACUCAUCCUCUUGAAGAAUAUAAUAGCUGUUUCACACAUAAUGCUAAACGAAAUUAUUUCUUAGCAAGAAUGAGUAUGCAUACAGCCACUCAGUUGGAAAAUCAUGGCUGCUUUGUUCUUUUUGCUGCUCCUGGUGCUGCCAUGCUACCUAGAACUAAUGGCAUGGUUUGGUUUAGCGUUAGGUGUAUACCUGGGUUUGUGUUUGUCUUGCUCCUAACAAGCCACAAGCUGUAACCAAAGUUUGAUGUUUGUUUACUGCAUGCAAUUUGUUUGGGGAAGAAAAGCAUUGAGACUGGUUUAGCAAAUGCUGAACCUUAAUAAAACUUGGUGUGAGUGUGUAGCAGUGACCAUUGUAGUCCUUAAUCAGGUGAAGUUCAAUGUGUGGAGAUGGGGUUUCGAAUUUAUUCUUGCAAUCCAUUACUUGAAACACUUUGCUUUGACAUAUGUAAGGCUGGAAGAGGUUGAUUCUUAAUAAAAAAAUUCCAGUUGUCUAAAGCAGGGGCAGCCAACUGGCAGCCCACAGUCUACAUCCUGCUCCUGUGGCAAUUUGUCAGUCCCUGGCAAUGCUAGCUAAGUUGAAUCAAAGCAGUUAAAAAAUUAACCAUAGUUUCAGCCAUGAGGAUCAUAAGAAAGUUUUCAAGGUGUAAGAGAAAGAGAAUCCAUAGUUACAUUUUGCAUCUUGCUGGUGCGUAAAUGUGAAGAGUAUUUUGGGAUCCAGGCUACUAUCUGGUGAACGGCUGCAGUGAUACAGGGUUAGCCAUUCUGGUUUAAUCUUUUCAAAUUUAAUUUCCCCCUCCUUGGCCCCUUCUCUUAGUUCUGUGCUGGAGCAGUCCUUAAAAUGUUUUGCCCAAGCUCAAAUUAGCUGUCACACUGACAAGGUGUUGAAUUCAAAGGACUUACUGCAGCUUGGUUCUUGUAACCAAGCCUUUGGAAGCAAUAGAAAUUUACUGCACAGUCUAAUAAUGAGAUUUACUCAGGGUGGGAAGCAACUCAUUUGUGCAAAACAUUCUGGAUCAUUAAUAUAUGGAGACGAGGGCUGCUUUUAAUUGCCAUGACAGACUAUGAAGUACAGUCCUGCGAUUGUCAGAGAUUUCAUUUACAGAAGUCCAUGACUGGGCUAGUGAUGUCAUGUUGUAACUUACAAAACAAAACUGUAAAUAGAGCAAGAAUUGCUGGUGGGCAUCAAUGUAUUGUGGGCAGAGCACAGAGGGGUGUGUGUGUGUGGAAGUAUUCUCUCAGAAUAACACAACAGAACUUAGUGGUGAGCCUAGGGUAUGCGGUCUUUCCUGCUAUCUUUCCAUACAAUGUUAUACAAACGAAUAUCUGAAUAAGGCUAAAGAUUGCACCCCUUGGAAUGCAAACGCCUGGCUCUUCUGAACAAUAUCUUAAUAUUUUGCGCUGGAAAUGUUCUUCAGAUGUUAGAAAGAUUUUCUACAGUAAUUAGGGAAAAUCAUAAGAACACUUGAUCCUAAUACUCUGUGUGCUUGUUAACUCCAGCUUUGUGUCACAGAGAAACCUAGACUUUCUGGGUUGCACAUCAGAAUGUUACCUGCACCCCUCAAAAAUUGAUCUUGAGGCUUGGGGGACCCUUCAUAACAGAUUUGGGGCUAUGGCAGCAGAGGAAGGGGAAGUCCUAUUGCACAAGUGGAGCUCUGUUCAUGCAGCAUCAAAGUCUCAAUAGGAUAUUAGUUUCUUAAUCAGGAAUAUUGAUUUAGAAAAGAUCUACUAAAUCACUUAAUUAGUUAAUCAAAAAUUUCAGAGUGCAUGAAUUCACUUUGCAGAUAGGAAGGAAAAUCAGUGGCAGGUGGUAACUUUGUUAAAGGUUAAAGUUCUGGGUUAGCAGCAUUCAGGAAAGGGAUCAGCAGAUAAGCAGAAGACAUGAGAAUAGUCAAAGGUAGAGUGAAGAUAAUGCAAAUUAGCCACCCAGUAGAACUUGGAAAGACUAACAAUAUUAUUCAUUUUGAGUACAAAGAACAGGAACAAUGUUUUCUUGUGGGUGUCAAGCGCAAUGUCUGCUCAGUGUCACUCUCUUUCCAUCGCUGAGGCACACACAGAAGUGUUCACCACAGCAGCGAACAGAUCUUUGCAGGAAGGAUUUGGAAAUUCCUCCUUUUGUUCAGCCUCCCAAGGGACUCUUCUUUCCCCCUAUCUGCUCCUACUAGAGCUACAGGACAGACAGAACUUCCAGGUAGAAUGGGAAAGGCAAACUGCCAAGCAGAACUGAGCUGAGCUCAUGGCACAUACUCAUACUUUCACCUGUAUUAUUCUGUUUUAUGUCUAAGCAAGGAGUUAAGGGCCAGUUCUCAAUAUUUAUUUUUCAUAGCUGUUCAUAAUAGGUGAACAGAAGCCUAGAGGCCAUUAAGAAACAGUCAAAUUGUGCUUCAGUCAAAAAUUUGCGUGCUAUUUACAGGAACUUAACUGCUAUUUACACCAGUGGAAAAAGGUAACUCGGUAAAAGAAGUGUGAUAACAUUCCCCCAAAGAUAUAGUGCACGUCUUUCCUGAUUUUUAUGUGAAACUUAAAAAAGUGGAGAAUAAGAUCCUAGGUCCCCCCCGCCUCGCCCCACAAAACAGCUAUAUUUUAAAUUUAACUUCUGGAGUUGCUGAUAGUUUGAAAGGCCCAAUAACUUUUGAAGAACUCACAAAUAAUGAUUCCUUUUGCUCUAACUAAAUCACUGAGAGCCUCUAAUGGGACACUUCUUGAGGUUCCUCACACCCCUGAGGUUUGGUUGGCAAUGGAGACUUUCCCCCCCCAAUGCUGCUGUAACCUUCUUGGGGCAUAUCUAUGUGAGAAGGAGCAACUGCUGUCUCAGUAGAUUGGUCUGUUGGAAAGCUGGAGGAAAGCUGUUCUUUUGCCUUUCCUGUAACUUUACUACAUUGAGUUACCGUAUUUUUCUGUCUAUAAGACGCACCCUAUUUUGGGGGACUCGGAUUUAAGAAAAUGGGGGGAGAUGGCCCGUGUAUAAAACGCCCCCUCAUUUUUUACAUUAUUUUUAGGGGGGGAAACCUAGUCUUAUACAUGGAAAAAUAUGGUAUAUUGUAUAUCUUGUUCAAUGUUUGUAUCGUUUACUUUCUUCCUUACAGUGGUGAGUUUUUUCAUUUACUGUUUCUCUCUCUCUCUCACUUUCUCAUAUUGUGUCAGUUUGCAUCGUUUUGAUCUCUCACACCAGAUAAGUACAGUAAUUUCAUGGAGGCAGACUUUGAAGAGUGCUAUUGAUUAUUAUGGAGACAAGCCAUUUUAAUCAAUUCAUUUAAGCUGUCACAGUGAUUCAGUGUAAUAAUGUGUUUACUCUGGGCCAGACAGGAGGCUGCUGCUCUAAAGUAGCAGAACGAUGGGCUGCUUCUGACUCUCCCAUGGAAGUGACCAAAUACUCUUUUGUAUGGUGGCUGAAGCAAAAACUGCUAAACCUGCAGUUUGACCAAAUUCUCUAUACAAAUCUACGCUACAUAAUCUAGAAGGGCACCAUUAUGGAGUCCCUUGAUGUGAUUAAGUCAAAUCACAUGGUCAUACUGCAUUGCUGAGAAUAUUUUUGGUAGCCUCUAUAUACAGUGGUCUGUUAUAUGAGAUCCAGGGUGUAAACCCAAGACUGCUUCAUGUUUUUAUUAUAUGUGCCCAUUAAUUUAAACAAUCUGGUAGCUUGCUGUAGAAAGAACACUGCAGUGAGAUACCAAUGACUCACAAGCAAUGCUGAUGUGGUUUCUUUGGCUAGGCGGCUUCUGGCUGACAACAGUAUUCGUAGAAAGAAAAGGGAGUGCCAGAAAGAUUAGAACUCAAAGGGAGUGCCAGAAAGAUUAGAACUCAUAGCGGUAGUGUUCAUUGUCUCUCAGGGGCUUCACAUGCCUCCUCCUGCUCCAUAAAGGGAACCUUAAGCAUCUAGUGUACUUCUUAAAGAGCCCUGUGUGAUGCUGUCACUUUGUAGAACAGCUCAGGUUGGGUAGAUAAGUCUCCUCAGGUUUAUUGAUGGAAAAAUGCAGCCCAUGCAUAGUUCUGAGGCAAUGGGCUGCUUUUAUUUUUUUAAAAAAAUGAGGAAAAGAGAGUGUAUGGCCCAUGUCGGAGCCAGCCCACAGGCCCAGUUAUUAUUAUUGUUUCUUAAAUUUCUUUUUUUUUUUAAUGAUAUUUAUUGAAAUUUUUUUGAAUUACAGAGAAAAAACAAAACAGAAAAAGAAAAAACAAAAAACAAAGAAAAAGCAAACCACAUCCAACAACACAAAUUCAAAAAAACAAAAAUACACCUCAAACAGACAAAAACAAAUCCAUCAUUCUCAAAUCCUCAACUCUCAUUACCUUCUUUCUUUGACCUCCUCCUCCGCCCUUUUUUUUGUAUCCUAGUUAAUAAUUAUCGCAGCAAAUCCUUUCCAUAUUUCAUAAUAUUCUGUCUUUACAUUACCUUAAUCUAUUUUCAUCUUAUCUUAUAAAAAACCUUAAAACUUAAACUUAAAUCUUAUUUUUACCGACUUCUCACAACCAUAAUAUUCUUACCUAAUUCUUUAAACAUUUUUACUAGAGCCAGGUAAUUUCAUUCCAACAUUUUUCUAACAUUCAUCCAUUUUAUAAAACAAUCCUGGUAAUAAGAAAAAAAAGAAAUAAAAACAAUCCAAUCUUCAUCCAGCGUCCCUUCCUCCUGGUCCCGGGUUUUGUCAGUCCUUUUCCCCCAUCAAUCUAGCGCAUUAACCUGGUAACCUUAUAUCCGAGGCCCUUAAGUCACUUCCAUGUCCCUUCCGCAGCUCUUCUUCAUAUUCUCCUUUCGCUCGUGGGAACUCCAGCUUGGUGAUGUUUUUGACCCUUUUCAACAAAUCAGCCCCUUUUCCAUAGUCCAGACUCAAUUCCAUGUGGUAUUUAAAAACAUGUUUCAGAAUCCCUCCAAAAUUGAGAGCCCCCACAGCUGCAAACAUCUCACGGCCCAUUGCCAGAUUCAGAAAGUCCAAACAUCCCUGCAUAGGGGGGUCUAUCCAACCCCCCAUUUCCAAACCAAUCCAAACUUUAUCUUUCCAAAUCCAAAUCCAAGUUCAUUUGUCAAAUCCAAAAGCUCAUGUUCCUGCAAGGCCGCAGCUCCCUCCAUCUCUGGCGCCCAAGAUUCAGCAACAUCCUCUUCUCUCAUCUGCUCUGUCAGGACGCACUCCUGAUCUGAUUCCUGGGUGGGCUCCACAUAGUUUCCCACUGCCUGUUCAAAAAUUCUGACCGCAUUAGUCAUCAAAUCCGUCUUCUCACUUAACUGUUCCAGUAGGGCACUUAUUUUACAGAGAGCACACAACAGAGCCUCUGAAUACAUUGUCCUACAAGGUCACAAGUCCAUUCCCACGAUUGUAAUCUGUGACAGCUGCAAGCUUCCUAGAAUUAGUUACAAUUUCACAGUCUCCCUCUAGAGGGAGAACUUCUAUUUGUUCUUGCAACAGAGUAUCCUUUUUGAGAUAUUUGGUCAAUAUUUGUUCCUUUAAAAUGCGAAAGGAAACAGUGGAAUCACUAUGUUUCUCUUCUUUUAACUAUCUGUCAAAAACGUUUGUCUCUGGUCAAUGAGCUUCAAACGUCAGUCCUGACACCCCGCUCCAGGAUCAGGACGGUGGAAAGUUACUUUACUUUAAACUCACUUCUGCAGGUUUAAACAGUCCAAAAAAGAUCCCCCUUCUUCUCCUGCUGCCGAAGGGGGGUUCGACAAUUUUAAAUGAUGAAAGCCAAUCCUUUAGAAGCGAUUUUCUAAGCUCUAGUUUACGUUGUCUUUGCUUUAUUCUAACUACAAAGAAACGGAAGGCUGACUUCCUGUUUAGACCUUCCUGUUUCAGUACCAAAUUGAAGUAACUCUUUAAGUCCAAUUCCUUUCUGCUCGCAAGUCCUUAUUUAAAGUCCAAUUGUUCAAAGUUUAAGUACUCACGGGUGCUUAUUUUAGAAGCCAAAUUGUCCCAGGAAAAAGGCAGCGCUCUCCGGCAACGGCUAUGCGGCUUCGCUCCACGGAAAUAGCAGUUGACUCACAGCACCGCGCUACUUCCCCCUCUUCACUUUGGAGCCCGUUAGUGGGUUCCUUUGCGGGUUGGGGGGGCGCUAAGGGUGCCCGUCGAGUCCCAUGGUCACAGGCUUCAUCCGCCUGUGAUUUUUAACAGGGUCCCCGCUUCGCCGUAGCGGAAAGGACCCGUUUCACGCAGAGCUAGUCCCUCCAGUUCAGAGGGAGUCCGCCAUUGCCGAUGGCGCCACCCCGGAAGUGGUAUUGUUUCUUAAAUUUCUAUACCCCCUUUCAUUCGAAGAUCACAGGGCAUAUAGUAACAAACAAUAUGUCAUAUAGUAACAAACAAAAGAGUUAAAAAGGCCAUAGAUUGUUUCAUUAGCCAAGACCUGGGAGAAGGAAUUUUUUUUGCCUGGCACCUAAAAAUAUGUAACAGAGGUGCUAGGCAAACCUCCCCAGGGAGAGCAGUGCACAAGUGGGGAGCCUAGCUACAGCCUAGCUCCCCACUCUUCCCUUGUUGUCUAAAUGUUUAUCUGUAAUUUCAACUUUGUUGAUAUAGCCUCAUGCCGUACAUCUUAAUAUUUUAGCUAUAUUUCCUUUCUAGCAGUUAGAUACUUCUGAAAGGUAAAGGUAAAGGGACCCCUGACCAUUAGGUUCAGUCACGACCAACUCUGGGAUUGCGGCACUCAUCUCGCUUUAUUGGCCGAGGGAGCCGGUGUGCAGCUUCCGGGUCAUGUGGCCAGAAUGACUAAGCUGCUUCUGGCGAACCAGAGCAGCGCCCUGAAACGCCGUUUACCUUCCCGCCGGAGCGGUACCUAUUUAUCUACUUGCACUUUGACGUGCUUUCGAACUGCUAGGUUGGCAGGAGCAGGGACCAAGCAACGGGAGCUCACCCCGUUGUGGGGAUUUGAACCGCCAACCUUCUGAUCAGCAAGUCUUAGGCUCUGUGGCUUAACCCACAGCGCCACUUCUGUUGGCCUUCAAAUAUGAUUAAUAAUAAUAAUUUAUACCCUGCCCUCCCCGGCCAAAACCGGGCUCAGAGCAGCUAACAUUAAAUGUAUAACACAUUAACAUAAAAUCAGGCAAUCAAUUAAAAUACAUCCUAAAAUCAGAUCGGAAUCAGAAAAAAAUCCAAUCAGAUGGCAACCCGCAGAUUAAGAGAUGAGUAUUAUUUUUUAUUUCAUUUGUGAAUGUAUUGCUGCAUCUAUGGUGGUCCUGUAACUUGAUUGCAUUAGGUUUAUUUGUUUUCCUGUAUUCUUGUAUGAGGUCCACUCCACCCCCCCCCAGUAAUAGAUUAUGAUAGACUUGAAAGUGACAGUUUUAAUAUCCUGGCUGUGUGUCAUUUUGUUUGGCAAUGUAAACAGUUUUUAUUGCAGUAUUAUUCAUGAGUUAUAUUGUAUUAUUGUAGUACUUGUACUUGAUCCCAAGGAAAGCCAAUAUCAAGUAGCACCUGAAAACAAAUUGCAUUGGCAGCUUCUGUUGGGCACAGUUGUUCAUUGGGAAUGAUCCCAAAUCAAUCAUGGAUGGCAUAAUUACUUUUAUUUAUUAGAUGUCACGAUUUUCUUUUAAAACACCGUUUUUGCCUUGCUCUGGUAUUUGAAAGCCAUUGGCAGUCCAGGCCUACAUUGACAAGAGAGAGAGAAAUUGACGGGGUGACCUGCCAAAACCAAAACCCGCCUGGGCUAAUACCCAACUGUACAGAUGCUGGGCUGUCGUCAUUCUCUUUACCCUCCUUUCAUUGAUCGUUUUUUCUUGAAGUGUUUUCCUUCUUCAAGGGAAGGGAAAGAAAAUAUGAUUGCCACCUCAGGAGCUAGUUCCACCUCCACCCCCCAUUCCAGGGCUGUGUCCGGGAAAUUGAAGGGUUUUGAAUCCACUGGACUCAGAACCACACAUUACAUGUCCUCAGAACAUCUCCUUUUUGCCCUCAGCAGUGGUGAGGGAGUAUCAGUCACUGUCCUUACAUUUUCUUUAAUGGCUGGGAUGGAAGUUCUCAAGGUGGACAACCUUAUCUGCCUGAUAGGGAAGAUCCAAAACAUUUCCUAUGGCCCCUUGGAUGACCUCACAGGGAUCAUAGGAUUUAGCCUUUAAACAGUUACUUACAUUACUUAAACCCACUUACUUCAAUGGGUCUAUUCUGAGUGUAACGACUCUGAAUAGUUGAAUACCGCCCCUAACUGCUUUGUACAAAGCAAGAUUUGGAAUUAUUUGUAUGACUUUUGAAAUGCUCAGAAUAUCAGUCCUCAGUCGCAUUUUGAAAUAAGCUGAGUGGAUUUUGCUGAAUAGUUAAUGUAUUAAAACCUUUAUUUCCCAGUAAAGGCCCCCUGGCACUUGACAACAGGUGAAGAACAAGUUAUUUUCAGGGAAAAAUAAACUUAGAAUGAAAAAAAGGUUUAAAGGAGGAGGCAACAGGAUUUUUUGGUAUGCUGGAAACCAUUUAUUGAAUAUUGCAAAGGGAACUCAUUGCUUCCUCAAGCAAAGCAAAGCCUCUUUAUUAUUUGAAGGUAGGGAUGACAAAGGUGAUUCCCCUUCAGCUCAGGGGUCAGCAACCUUUUUCAGCCGUGGGCCAGUCCACCAGCCCUCAGACUAUAUUUUGGAGGGGAAGAAAGAACGAAUUCCUAUGCCCCACAAAUAACCCAGAGAGGCAUUUUAAAUAAAAGCACACAUUCUACUCAUGUAAAAACAUGCUGAUUCCCGGACCAUCCAUGGGCCAAAUUGAGAAGGAGAUUGGGCCGCAUCCGGCCCAUGGGCCUUAGGUUGCCUACCCCUGCUCCAGCUGCUCCUGGACGGCAUCUCUCAUAGGCCAUGCUGGCUGAGGCCAAUGGGAGAUGGAGCCCAACAACAACUGGAGGGGGCACCACAUUAUUGGCUACCUCUGUUCUAAAGUAUCAAUUUAAUUUGUAAAGUAUUAAUUUAAUUUGUAAUCAAUGGAAAUUUGUAAAGAUACAAUUGCAAUUUAUUACUUUAUUUCAGUAAUCAGUAAUAAAGUGAUAGUAAUGAAGUGAUUAAUAAUAGUAUUAGGUAGUAAAUGAUAGCAAGGUAGGCUCUGGUGAAUAUUAUUUUGACUUUUUCAUAUAAUAAGUGUGUAUAUUUUCUGUCUGAUCUUUUUGUUUUAUGGAAAUAGUUAUUUUACUAGUACUUACUAAAAAGAAUUUUAAAAAAGAAAGAAAUCAUGUCCUUUUUUCUUAAUCCUGGAGCUUCAGAGUUUCUCAAAAGGGUGAGGGUUAUCUCUAAUGCAUUAUUUUUGUAUUUGUGUUGACAGGAAGUUUCUGACUAUGGAGGUGAAAUCAUGAAGAAGUAGCAGAAAGAAUAAUAAUGCUUUUCCGAAAUCGUUUUUUGCUCUUGUUGGCCUUGGCAGCCUUGUUAGCCUUUCUGAGCCUUAGCCUACAAUUCUGUAAGUAUACCUCGGUUCACAUUAUGUGAGAAGUGUAAAGCCUCACAGUCUAUUAAAUUUGGCCUACUUUCUGUUUGCCCCCAACCUUUCUUUGUAUUUCUUUGUAUUUGAAUGUAGCUCAAAGGAAGUUGAUGCCAAGCUGUAUAUGUGAAUGGGAAAUGAAUGCCACCACUUUUUCAAUUCUAGAAACACGUGUUCUACACAAAUUCUAACCAAAGUCAUGCUGAUUGUGAUGAUUUCCUGGUUUGCAUGUAACAUCAAAUCAUUUUAACUUUAUUUGCACUCAGUGGUGCAUACUUCUAUAAAGUCCCUGAUGUGAUCCUUCCCUGCUCCUGUAUACCAGAGGAAAAAUAAGUCGGUGGCUGUCUUUAUGUAUUAUGCAAACCAGUGCUUGUGGAUUGUUUAUCUCCAACAAACCAUAAGCGAUUGCCAAGGUUUCUUGGGGAAACAAACCACAAACACUUAUUUUCACAGAAACACAAAGUUGCUCAGUUUGAGAUGUAUGCACCAGUAUGCUGCUCAUUUGUGUUAAGCCACAAUUAGUUUAUAAAUGCAUUUUAAUGCUACAUGUGAAUAGGACUGAUUGAAGGAAAAGCCCUCCCCACCACCCUGUCUAUAUGCUUUCAGAUAAUUGCUUGACAAUUUAAAAAAAUAUUAAGAACUAUGUUUUCUUUAAAUAGAAAUGCAUUAAUUGCGACUCUUUCUACAAUUUGAGUAAUUAAGUAAUGCAUAAAAUGUCAGGGUGAUUCUCAAACACAAAAGCUUGGUUACAGACUGGGGAAAAAAAGAGAACAUAUAUAUACUUAUUUAUAUUGGAAGCUAGAUGUGGAAUUUGCAGUAAUAUGAUCACCGCAAACUCUCUUUCCAGGGUUGUCAUGCUGUAAUUACUUAUAUACUUUCAAACAGUUACUUGCUUCUGUGCUGGUCUUGGCUGACUAGAUACCUGCUUAUGUGAUUGUGAAAAAACUUAUCUCAAGAUGAUUUUCCAUUGAUUAAUUCAAACUGUGGUGACUGUUGCUAGUUUUUGAGGUCUCUGCUUUUUUAGACUUCUUUAAAUAACCGUAGAAGGAAAGGAUUAUAACCUCUCUUCUUUGUAAUAUGUGAACCAGCCCUCAUGUACUGAGACAGCGUGCCUUUUUGUGAUGGACUCUUACUGAUUCUGAUUUGGCAUGUUUUGCUAAACAAAUAGAUGUUCCUACUGAUUGGCUGUGAUACAUUUAUAUACAGUGGUACCUCAGGUUACAUACGCUUCAGGUUACACACUCCGCUAACCCUGAAAUAGUGCUUCAGGUUAAGAACUUUGCUUCAGGAUAAGAACAGAAAUUGGGCUCCGGCGGCGUGGCGGCAGCAGGAGGCCCCAUUAGCUAAAGUGGUGCUUCGGGUUAAGAACAGUUUCAGGUUAAGAACGGACCUCCAGAACAAAUUAAGUACUUAACCCGAGGUACCACUGUACUGGUGUCAUAUGCUAACAAGGCCUCACUCCUGUUAGCAAUCAUGUUGCAACGUUCUGCACUGACUGCAGCUGCCAGAUGAAGAACAAGGGAAAGGAACCAAGAUACCACUGUAAAGCCCUUAACAACUUGGGACCAGUUUACCUACAAGAUCACCUUAACCCCCCCCACCCCCACCCCCAAUGCUUUUUGAUUGAUUUGAUGUUUGCAUUGGCAGAAUGUCUGUUGCUUUAUGUUUAGCAUGUGCCUUGAUACUGUAUGUUGAGUGCCUUCAGCACCACACCUCUGCUGAUGGCUUGUUCUGAAUUAAUUAUUCUCUUGUCUGUUUGUAUUCAUAUUCUAUAUUCUUCUUGGGAGUAGAGUUGCUGAAGUUCUUGCUUCCUUUAAACUCCAUUUUUGGGAUCUCUUGGCAGAACUGUUCGCUGGCUCAGUGUACAUUAUUGGUAUGAUAGGCUUGUGUUUGUUUUCUCCUAUACAAGUUCCAUAGUAUGGGAAAACAAGGAGUCUGUAGCAGAUUAUUAGGAUGAGGUUCAGGGGACUUAACACAGGUGACUCAAAUGAUGUGUUGUUUUGUUGCUUCUUAGCAAGUGCUACAAAUUACUAUCCCACCCUAACAAUUUGUGACCAUGUUUGGGUUCUUGCAAAGAUUUCCAGUAAGUAGACAUGGGGAAGCAAUUCAAAAUGAAUCAUUCACAGACCGUACUCAAAGAUGACCUCUGAGCUGCAGCUGUCUAUGAAUUCAGCUUAUGAGAUAGUCUGCAAGCAAAUUGUAUUGAUUAACAUUUUAGCUCAAUAUUUUCAGCUGAAUGCAUCUUGGUUGACCAUUUAUAAUUGAAACAUAUGUGCUUAGGAGUCAUACUUACGAUGCACAUAUUAUGUCAGGACUGCUGUAAGGGAAUGUGGAGGGGAGGAUGGGAUUUAUUCAUUUAUUUAAAACAUAUUUCUUUUUGGCAGUAUGUAUCAUCAGACAAUAUAUAAGGGUUUUGUUGAUGGCUGAAGAUCCUGUUGCUGUAUUAUUUCUGUGUGUACAGAAAUACACAUUUCCUCAGCAAAUACUUCCUAUAGGUUAGGCUGGUGUUUGCCAACCUCCAGAUGUUAUGGACUACAACUCCAUAAGUCCGAAGCAGAUCUGCUGCCUAGGACUCAUGGGGGUUGUAGUUCAAAACAUCUGGACCAGGUUGGAAGUAGGUGAAGGCCAUGUUAAACACUACACUUGUGCCUUCUAAUGUUCUCCUGCCAUGGUUUGACCUUCAUUAAUAUUAGGAUGGGUACUCCAUGCCUCAGCUAUUAUUUAUGCAUAAAACUAUUUCUCAUGCUGCUCUGUCAUAAAAAUAUGCCACAACAGCUUGCAGAAAUAAAACAAAGUUAAAAAGUUAAAAACAGGCAUCAGUUAACCAUUGUUAAUGGUCAUAGUGGCACAGUGGCAUUUAUGACUGUUUGUUUGUUUUUGUUCUUCGUGGACGCCACAGCAUGUUGGCUAUCAUUCUACCCUGAGGUUAUUUUGUUCUUUCAUGAACCUUUAUCAAAUUAUUCCAUGCUUUCCCUCCAGCCCUUUGGUAAAGCAAUUAACCUAUAUUAAUAUAGCUGCUUUUAUUUAUUCAUUUGGCUCCUUUGCUAAUCUGCUUGAUGCAAAGGAGGAAAACCUUUGUCGCGGUGUUACAUAUACAGUUUUUCUUUAUUAAUGUUUAUAAACUUUACCCACUCCUUUAUUUCUUCACAAAUAUCUCAUGCUUCCUACUUUUCUUUUGCUUGUCUUUUUUCAGUUUCUGUCCUCCUUCCAUUAUAAUAUAAUAAUAAUAAUUUAUUAUUUGUACCCAGCCCACCUGACUGGGUUGCCCCAGCCGCUGUGGGCAGCUUCCAGCAUACCGUAUUGGCCCAGAUAUAAGCCGCACCCGCAAAUAAGCCUCACCUUUAAAAUUCAGCGGCUUGGGAGCCGCGGACAGGACAGGCGCCGUUGCCCCAUGGUCCUGAGCUGCUCUGUGCGGGGAGUGUGAGCCGCACCGCUUUGCCGGCAGCGUAAGGUCAUAAAUAUAAGCUGAACUUUAACUUUUCACAAUUGGAAUUUGGAAAAAAAAUGUGGCUUAUAUUCAGGCCAAUACGGUAUAUAAAAACAUAGUAAAACAUUCUGGUUUGCGUUAGCAAAUGUUUUGCUACAGACCAGAAUUAGCAAGAUGUCAUCUUAUGAAGCCAUUUCAGUUAUAAAUGGUGACAUGUGUACAUUAAAAAUAUAGAAACAUAGAAAAUGGGUGUAUUUAAAAGCUUUCAUUAGCUAGAAUGAAUAGUUGAUUUACUGUAUGUAUGUGGGGAGAUGCAAACAGCACUUGAAUUAUUGUUUAGUUAAAUGGCUUCAGGCUAAUAAUGUGGAAAGUAGCUAACAAGCCAAUGGAAUCUCCCUUAGUUUACAAUAUAUUCUUUUGAAGACUCUGAGCUCCCAGGACAGAUCCAUUAUCGUGUUGAAAUAGUAGAAAGACAAGAAUUUUGGUAGUCUAAAUCGCUGCAAGUAUUUUUUUUUUAUUUGGCAACAGUUUUUAAUUGACUGUAUUUCACCUGGUUUGAGAAUAGGAAAGCUGUAACACCUCAUUAUGUCACUUAGUUGCUGUCUCCUAGAGAAUACAAGUCAACCCAAUAAGUUCUGCCACAGUGUGAUGUGGAGCUCAUGUGCAUUAGAUCCUAGACCAAAGAAAGAUGUAGUAGUGAAUAGAACAUCCUACUAAGUGGAUAAUGUGUGCACUGACCUAUUUUGCAUGAACACUACAAAUCUGUACACAUUUGAGUCUUGGUGGGAGUGGGUGACGAUGGGGUGAUGAUAUAUUUGUGUAGUACGUAUUAAGUAUGUAAGCAUUCGCUAUAUAGGCAAUGGGGAGGUUAGGUGAAAAGGAGGUGGUUUUGAAGAAUAUAAUGGGAUCCCAUUCAAGACUGAUAUGAGGUGAUAACUGGUAAUUCCUUUGCAGUAACUACUUUUAAGUGCAUUGCGUGAUUAUAUGCUGUUUGAAAGAGGCUUGCUUAAAGCAAAGUCAAUUUCCUUUCAUAAGUUACGUUAAUACUGUGCCGGCCUAGCUAACUGUUGCUGGGUGGUGAAAUCCCAAUAAAUAGAACUAUCAUAUAAAGUUCACUGAUUGGUUGCUAUUACUGUAUUUGUUAGACUUGGGCUGUCCAAAGUUUGUCAGUAAUUCACAUUUCCACAGGUAGCAUUUAAUGCAUGGAUGAGCCUCCUUAAGUCUAAUUUGGAAUUCAGGUUUUGCUAGUUUAGUAAUAAUCUUCACAUUUGUUUCUGCUGCACUUUUGGCAAAUGCAGGGCAUGUUCCUAGCAAGACUGUAAAUCCUGCAAAAAUGUAAAAAUAAAAAAGCAGAAUUACUUUUAAGUUACAUUGUUUUACUUUAUCUAUUGGCUUCACAUGUCAGUUGCUUUUCAGACUUCUACCAAGGUGUUAUAAUUAUUGAGCUACAGUUAUAUUUUAUGCAUGAUAAUUAGGUGAGGUUGUCGAUACUUUGCAGUAAUUUCAAGGAGGAGAAGUGAGUAGGUGUAUGACUACUGUCUGAAUUACUUUCUGUAAGAGAAUGCAAAGAAAAAAAUCUGGAUAAACUUUUCACAUAUUUAAUUUUCCUCCUGUCGUGUGGAGUAAUCUCUGAAAAACUAAUGGGAGCAUGCUUUUAAACUUAAUGCUAGUUUAGUGAUGCUUGCACAGCAGUCUGGAUGUCUACUGUACAUACAGUCUGAACAGAUGUGCAUCUCUCUGAUGGGUACCAUCCUCAAGUAUAUAGGGGCCUCCCCAAUGAUUGACUGAAUGGGAAUAUGGGAAAUGGGAAUAUGACAGUUUCACUGCCAUCACCACAUUUCCUUGUCAGAACCAGCGGCACAUUUUAAAUUCUUAAGAAUUCUUACUUGGUAAGCAGGUUUGAAAGGGAAGGAGAGCAGUUUCAGAGAGCAAUCCCACUGAACAGCAACUCUGUUGAAGACAGCACAAAAUGGGUUAUCUAAGCACUCAAUGGGUUUUCUUUAUAGACUCAAAGAGAAUGACUUACAGUAGAAAAACAGAAGGUAACCUUAUGGAGCAGUUUCACAAAAAAGCAUAUCUACUUCCUAAACUUUAGAUAUGCUGUUACUUAAGUAUUUCUACUUCCCUAAUUGCUGUUGAAAGAGCAAAACAGCCGUAGAGUACAGAACUUAUACCAGAUCAGUUGUCUCAUCACUGAAUGCUUCUUCUCCUGAGAUCUAAUGGCCUGAGAGCCAGCCACCAAGGAGUUAAUGGCCAGUGAUGGUUGUGCUAUGUUUGCCUUCCACUCCUGGAAUCUGUUAAGAAGGAAGGAGCUUCCCUCUUAGACAGACUAGGCAGCUCCUAUGGCCAGUCUCCCAAGUUGGUAAAUUCACUUCAUCACAGUAUUGUCUCAUUACCUUGAAUUCAAUGUGUGAUAAAAGACCACUCAACUAAAAGGUAAAUCUGUUCAGGAAGUUGUAAAAUCCAUGCAUCCUUGCAUUCCAGGAGGCAUUGUAGGUUCCCAAACAUAGUUGGAAGCCUCCAUUGGGAACAGUAGAAAUUUAAAGAUGGGGUCUCAGCUGGUAUGUUUGGGAAAGAAAGCAAUGGGAAAUGCUGGGAAAGAUUGGCAGAGAUAUGACAAAUGUCUGGUCUUUCUGAGAUUUUAAAUAACUCAUGGGAAGAGUUUGUUAUUUAACCAAUGCAUUUUCUUCUGUACUUGUGUUUGAACUUCCAUUGCUGGGUAAGCAAAAGUGAUCUGCUGCAAUUUCAGUGUAGUCAUACUUUGAAAUUUGUCUUAGCUGGACUAAUACUGGGGAUAACCAACAAGUGAGGCUGUUGAAUUGUUUUGCAUUACUGCCGUUUGUGUUAGAGCUUUCCAGACACCCCAGUUCCCAGUAAAUUGAUCUUGUUUGGAGUUGUAUGGCAUGACAGUACGACCAUUCACCCCUAAGGAUCAUUUUUCUGCAUUUUCUUUUCUUUCUAAAAAUGUAACUAAAAAUCUGUUUUCUGUUACUGUAUUUUACACAGGAAAUAAUUUCAGAAGUCAUAAUUUAUGGCUGUUUACUGCAGUGUGUUUGUCUGUCUUGUGUUCUCCAAAUGUGUAAUGAUAGCACUAGAGUUUCUUAGCAAAGUAUUGCAUGUUGAAAAGCAAUCAUACUGUUCUGUCUUAUCACUGUGUAAUCUGCCUCAUUGGUACAUGUGGAUAUUGCUAAUGUCUUUCAGAAGGAGGAUUAAAAUGAUGGAAUCUUGCUAUGGCUGGUGAUAAAUUUUAUCUUUAGACCCCUGGGCAAAUGUUUAUAGAGGUAAUUAAAAGAAAAUGGUUGGAAAGUGGCCCGGUACUUUCUGUGUUGUGCCUUGAGCAUAAGACAUGUUUGCGGGAUGAUUGCUGUUUAUAUCCAUGAACACAUAUUAGCAUGUGAGAUAAGAAUAUGAUUUCUAUUUCAGUUUCAGGGCGGCGGGGAGGGGGGGGAGAGAUGCAUUGUAAAAUGCUGGUGUAUGUUCAGUUAUAACUGGCUAAAAAUUGUCAAUAUUGUCUGGUCUCUCUUUUCUUAACCUGUAGGAGGCAUGUGAAAAUGCAUAGGGUAUGUUAAGAUGUAAGUAACAGUUAAGAAGGUUCAUUCCAAUCUAUGAUUGAAAUCAAAACCAAGAAUAUUUCCCUGCUGUGCACCUUAGGGGGGGGGACGGGACUCCCGUUGACACCAAUGAAUUGUGGUGCAGGGGCUGUUUCUUUGAGGCUGGCUAUUCCACAAGGAACCCUGUAGUGCAGCCAAGUCCAUCAGGCUUGAAGUCAGUGCCUCAGGUAGUGACUGCAGGCCUCUGUUGCCAGGGAACAAUCGGGAGAACAUUUUAAUAGUUCCUCCUUUUUUAUACUGCUUAAUACAGUGGUACCUCGGGUUAAGUACUUAAUUCGUACUGGAGGUCCGUUCUUAACCUGAAACUAUUCUUAACCUGAAGACCACUUUAGCUAAUGGGGCCUCCUGCUGCUGCUGCUGCGCCGCCAGAGCCCGAUUUCUGUUCUUAUCCUGAAGCACUAUUUCUGGCUUAGUGGAGAGUGUAACCUGAAGCGUAUGUAACCUGAGGUGUAUGUAACCCGCGGUACCACUGUAUAUUCAAAAUAUCUUUAAGUGGUGUACAGAAAACUGAAGAAGCAACAAACAACUUAAACAAAGCAUUACACAAAUACACAGUUACAUAUAAAGAUGUUACACUAAGACAAAGUUACAAAUAUAUAUAAAUCAAUAUAGGUUCAUUUUCCUUCUGACACACGCUCCUUCUCAGCCUCCAGGGUUCUCUCUCAGGGUCCAACAAAAACAGCGAGAAGAGUUCCUGGAAACAGCAGGCAUCCCCCUGGUUUCUCACUCUAGACUUGCUUUUUAUGGGCAGGCCCAAGGUGAAUGGUACUUCCUCAGGCUGUCCAAAGCUGUCUCCGAUUCAGCUGCACUUUUUGCACUCUGAGUUUGCUGAGUUUCCCAGGGAAUUCAAAGGAUGGGAAGAGGGGGCCCCCAUCAACUCAAAGCUUUUUCUUCCCCCUUUGUCUUCCUCUCCUACUCCAGCUGCCUGGCCCACACCUGGCGUCACAUAUGACACCAGGUGUGGGUCAGGUAGGUGUGGUUUUGGACAAACUGUCUCACAGUGCCAAUUGGGACCUGUGCCAGGACUAAUUCAGCUCGCAGGCAGGAGAUAACACACCCCUGUUUUAAAGGGAUCUCUCCAAGCAACGCUCAGGCCUUGCCUGAGGUCUUGGAGAGCUUCUGCCAGCCAAAAUAAAUCAUGCAGAAUUUGAAUGAUUUCAACUAAAACACACACAACUUUUAAGAAAAUUGCCCUUUACUGAGGAUACAGUGGUACCUUAGUUCUCGAACUUAAUCCGUUCCGAGAGUCCGUUCGACUCCCAAAACCGUUUGAAAACCAAGGCGCGGCUUCCAAUUGGCUGCAGGAGCUUCCUGCACUCAAGCAGAAGCUGCAUUGGAUGUUUGGCUUCCAAAAAAUGUUCAAAAACUGAAACACUCACUUCCAGGUUUGUGGCGUCACGGAGCCGAUUUGUUCAACAACUAAGCCAAGGUACCACUGUACUUUAGUAUUAGCAUUGUGUUAAUAUUAGUUUGUCAGCAACAUAAGUAUGUGUCACUUAAUACUUGGUUUGCAAGUUUGCUCUCAAACUUAGGAAGCUGUUGAUGGUUUCCUUUUUAAUAUAAUUUUAUUUCCAUGCUUGUCAAAGGUAAUGGAAUUUGUUGAUUUAGCUACUACACAAAAGCCUCUUGUUAUAGUGUCACAAUAUUGUGAUAUUUGUAACUGUCUUACUGUAAACUGAGAGGCCUCUAAAGCUGCUGGAGCACAUUUGUUGCCUGACUGACUUGGCAAAAAAAGAAUUUGCUCAGUCUGCUGUCAAGUGUGCAAAUGUAGGUAUUUCUUUAGCAAUUCGUUUACUUUGAAGUCCCCUGUAUUUCAAAAUAUAAACACAGUAAACAGUUUCAUUCUCCGUUUGCGUUUCUGUUUAAAUAAAGUGUGUACUUGAACAACGUUACUUUAUUUCUGGUUUCAUCUGCUUCUGUAAAUCCUUUUAUUUCCCUGUUCUGCAAGGAGAGUUGAAAGAUCUAUCUAGUAAUCUUUUUUUCCCUUUUUCUUUUUGGAGGGUGUCUUCUAUUUGUGUGAAUUAUGCAAGGUUAUAUUAAGCACAAAAUAUAUACUAAAGACCAUUUAUUUUGAACAUAUGACACAUUUUGAAUUGAAAGUUUGGCAUUUCAAAUAAGUUUUGUUUGUGAUUUCUCCCUGUUUUCUCUUACUUUGAUAGGAAAUGGACCUGCUAGACAAUGCAGUACAAUAAAAACAGGGCCACUCUAGGAAUGAAGGAUUGAAUGGAAUUGGGGAAGUGGAGGUGGGAAAGACAUGUUAGGGGAUAGAAGGAGGAGGAUAGCUCAUGAGUUCUUACAUGUCUGUUAACAUUCACAUCCUUUCUUCAUAUAGCGUAGUGGUGAAAAAACUUUCCCCCUGCAUUCAAAGUGGGAAUGGUCUCUGCCUCUGAUCACACUGGGGCCUUAUCAGGGCCCUAGUUUAGGGUGGGGGCUAGAGGGGGUUUAACUCUUUGCUCCCUGCUGUGGUUCUGAUCUGGACCGAGGCUCCUGCACCUUCAAUUUGUAUUGCCAAAGGAGGAUUCAUUAAACUGAAUAGGUGGUUCUUUUGACAAUGCUGGCAAUAAGCCUUGGAUCUCUAUUGUAAUGGAGUAGUAAAGGUAAAGGGACCAUUCGGUCCAGUCGUGGCCGACUCUGGGGUUGCGGCGCUCAUCUCGCUUUAUUGGCCGAGGGAGCCGGCGUUUGUCCGCAGACAGCUUCCGGGUCAUGUGGCCAUCAUGACUAAGCCGCUUCUGGCGAACCAGAGCAGCGCACAGAAACGCCGUUUACCUUCCCGCCAGAGCGGUACCUAUUUAUCCACUUGCACUUUGACGCGCUUUCGAACUGCUAGGUGGGCAGGAGCAGGGACCGAGUAACGGGAGCUCACCCCAUUGUGGGGAUUUGAACCACCAACCUUCUGAUCGGCAAGUCCUAGGCUCUGUGGUACUAUGGCAUUAAUCCUUUGCCCUCCACUGUGGCCCCAAUCUGGAGUGUAUCCAGUGGCCAACUUGUUUGUUUGGCAAUAUGAAGACUGAAUUAUUUCAAAAAGUUAGCAACUAGGAAACAUCCACCAUUGGUCUGUAUGCACUGGCAUGCUAACAGGCUGUAAUCCUGGCCCCACUUACCUAGAAGUAAGCCCCAAUGAAUUUGCUUCCAAGUCGACAAACAGAUGGAAUUGUGGUGUAAGAAAGCUCAUACUCCUUCAGAGCUCACCACAACACAUGACUAGAAUUAUGCUACAAUCCUAAUUGUGCUACUCAGAAGUAAGUCCUGUUGCAUUAAGUGGGGCUUACUCCCCAUUAAGUAGGUGGAGUGCAGUAGACUUGAAGUUCUACGAUUCCUUCAUUUUUCUCAAGCAAUUGACAUAAAAGAUGUUAAGUAGUCCCAAAUAUACAACUUUAUAAUUGAGUCUGGCAUGAUAGUAGUCCUUAAAUUGGCAUAGCAGAUGGUAAGAUUUUCUGCAGUGCAUUCUCAGGUUUGCUUUGUGUCUGAAUUGGCAGCAUUGGCAUUGUAUCCAUUCAGCUGUCUAAUCCAUAUGCACCUUAUCUGUCUCUUCCAGGCUGGUUUUUUGGGGGGAGGGGGCAUAAUAUCUGCCACUGUGUUUUCUUAAUUAACCAUUGAUUUUCCAUCUCUUUACGUAGCAUAUACCCACCCUUUAAUGUGCUUCUGUGCUAAUUAGUCUCUUACUUGUGUUUUACUUUUUUCUGUAUUUGUAUAUUUUAGUGAAAACUACUUUGCAAGACUUGGAAACCACAAGCCCCUUCUUUAGGGGAGAGGGAUAAUGAACUUUGAAUAGUUCUUAUUAUGCAUAUUUUCUCUUCCAUGCUGAUGAAAAAUUGCCACGUAACUUGAAAAAGUAUUUGCUGUGUGACCUACUUCCUACGUCAGUGAAAAAGUUUUAAACAGUUUGGUUGCAUGGAACUGAAAGAACAGUCUGUAUUUAAGGCUACCACUAAGAAAAAAAUUCCAGACUGAAAUGGCUGCUUUCUCUGCAUACUCUUUUUGGACCGUUUGUGGUUGCAAAGGAAAAAGAAAAUGGGAAACAGAUUUCCUUUCUUUUAUUCUAAUUUUAGGUAAAUGGUUUAAAAUUGAUGAUUUUGCUGCAGCUGCUUUCUUCCUUCUAUGCUUUUUUGUAAUGGUUACAUUGCUUCCUAUUCUGAUUACUAUGCUUCAGACAAAAAGUAAAUAUAUCUUAAUGUUUUGCAGUUAUAUAAGACAUAGUCAGUGAUACCGAAAUGCAAGUUUGUAAUAUUGAUUUGGCUUAUUGCACGGGUCUUUCCUUCUUUAGAAGCAGCUUUUGUCGUAGCCACUGUGAUGCGUAUAUUCUUCCUAUUAAAAUAGGAACAUUUAUUAUUAAAAGUAUUUGUAUUUUUGUGUAACUAUAGAAAAUAUUAUGAAUUUGUAGCCCCUUUUAAAGGUGGUAUUGUUGAACUAUGGAGUAGGGUUGGGGAGGAUAGCAGAAGGACAGAGAUUACAGGUAUAUUUUGAAAUAUAUGGUAAAUUGCACUUGCAUUGCACUUCCACCGGUGUGGAAAAUAUUUCAGUGGCAGGGCAUCAGUAGUGAUGAUUCCACAUUUCUUUUCUUUUUUUCUGUUUCCAAUCCCCCACCCCUUGUUGUGUGUCACACUUAUGGUAUGCCUAAUGUAAUAGGGAUAUCCUGGAAAACAUUUGUAUUUAUAUUUAGAGUCAAAUGAUAGAGCUGUAACAUAAUGCAACAAUAGCAAAAUGAUGUGAAUGUUGCUUAUUUGUAUUUUUAGUACACUUGAUCCCUGUUAACCCUGUUAAAGAAGAUGAUCUUGGCUCCAAGAAUCGAAAGAGAAUAAUGCCUGAUCCUUUGACGGAGACACCUGCUAUAGAUCCAAUUUUCGAAGCCCAGUUUUAUUGUAACAUUCCCAACAUACCUGAACGCAGUAUGGAAGGUAAACCUGUUACAGCAUUGGUGUCUUCUGCUUUAUUUCUGUGUAAUUACUGGUGUUUUAAUUUCAAAUGCACGUAUAAUGAGUAUGGGUUGCUCGUGCGUAAGUUGCCGCCUCUCCAGGCUUUGUUGCCUUGGUAAACCUUUCAGUCUGGGCAGCCCUUCACUUCGUGGCUGCCUCAGUCGCUAGUAGAAUCCGUUAGUGGGCGUUUCUUAAAUCUUUUCCAACAUAAAAGUUGUUUGACACCCAGUCUCCUCCUACUCUCUCUGCGCGGAAGUCUUCUGCGCAGUGAGAGCGUGGGUAGCGGAGGACCAGUGCUCUCCCCGCUGGUGUCCGGUGAAGAGUCCUGGAGCCCUCUCGCCGAUUCCCCCAUCAGCCCCUCCUUAUCCCUGGUGUAGCGCUGAUUUGCUUCCCCAUCUGCGAAGCUGCCUCUCUCCCUGCUGGGCCCUUCUCCAGCAUCAUUUGAGAGCCUUCCCUCCGCCUCUAGCUCCGAUGUCAGUUCCCUGACACACGCUUUCUUGAUACACAGUGCUCUUAAAAAAUUUCCAGGUAGAAGCAAGCUGCUAUAGUAAAUAAAGUAAAAGACAAAGCUUUGAAAACCUCACCACCUACUUAUGCUUGGCUCAGUUGCAGUCAGUUCUACUGGAUCAGACCAAGGGUUCUUCUAAUACGCCAAUGUGUUUCCUUUUUUAAAAAACAACAUUUUAUUGAUUUCCCACAAAUAACAAAAACAAAAACAAUGCAAAAACAAAACAAAUUGACUUCCCUUGGUUCUAUUAUUUAUAAAGAUACUGCAUGUCCAUUGUUAAAUUUGUAACAUAUUUAAAUCACGUAUUAUCCAUUCAUAAUAAAAUUACAAGUUAUCUUAAAACCCUGCUAAUGUAUUAACCUGUGUACAUUGCUUCUGUAUAUAUGCAAUAAACAUCUUUCAUUCUUCCUUAAAUUCAUUAUCAUCACUUCCUCUUAAUUUCAUCGUCCAUUUUGCCACUUCAGCGUAUUCCAUUAGUUUAACUUGCCAAUCUUCUUUGGAUGGGACACCUUCUUCUUUCCAAUAUUUUGCUACUAAAGUCCGUGCGGCCAUUGUUGCAUACUUAAACAAAUUCUUUGGUAAUUUUGGUAGGUCCACUCCUAUAAUACCUAAUAAGAAAGCUUCUGGUUUUUUAACUAAGGUUAUACUCCAAUUUGUUUCCAACACUUGGCUGAUUGGAUGGUCUUGGAAACAUGAAUGCAACACGCUCCCUUGCAAACAGACAUUGAAAUAUAUACCACCUUUUAAGAUAGCAAUCAAGAAUCUGAGGAGGCCCUCUUAGUUGUGCUGAGUCAGAUAGGAAGCUCCAUUAAAUUCAAUGGCAUUUACUUCUGAGUAUGCAUAUAUAGGAUUGCACUGUAACUUGCACAAAAUGUUGAGGAAGAGAAGAAACUCCUCAUUUACGUAAAUGACUUAUUAAACUCUGGCAUCUUGCAAAACAACAAAAUUACAUUUGUGUGUAUAUUUGAGAGACAAAGAGGAUGGAUUGAUAAAAGAAUUUGAAGAACUGGAACAUUUAAAAAAUCUUUUGGAAUUUUUAAAUAAUCUUUUGGAAUUAUAAAUAGACAAUUACCGUAUAUACUCGAGUAUAAGCUGACCCGAAUAUAAGCGGAGGCACCUAAUUUUACCACAAAAAACUGGGAAAACUUACUGACUCGAGUAUAAGCCGGUUCACCACACCACAAACCACCUGGUGGGCCGGAGCAUGUGUGUGUGUGUGUGUGUGUGUGUGUGUGCGCACGCAUGCGCACACGGCAGAGGGGGCUUCUCUCCCCCCCCAGCCCCUCCUGUCCCCCUGCCUACCUAGGGUGCUGCUGAGAGGCAGAGGCUGGUGGCGGCAGCAGCGGAGGAAGAACAAGCAGCCCAAAUGGGCUGCUUUUGGGCUGCUCAUUCCUCCGCUGCUAACAGGGACCCUCACUCGAGUAUAAGCUGAGGGUUUUUUUCCCCAGCAUUAAAAAUGUGCUGAAAAAGUCGGCUUAUACUUGAGUAUAUACGGUAUAUACGAUAAUCAUUUUCCCAUUUUAGUAUCCCCCCUCCCUGUUCUUGUCUUCUUUUAACAGUUUAUAGCAUAUUAGAAUAAUGCAUCUUUGUUGCUUUUGUGUGUGUUUAUGUUCUGUUUAUUUUUUGACUUGUAAAGAUCAGCUUAUGUGUUUUUUCCUUUAUUGCCUAUAUUGUAUGUAGCUGAGUAUAUGAACUUGGUGAAUUCUAAAACUGAUUGUUGUUGUUUUAAAUCAAUUUUAAUGUUUCUUUUAUAGGUCAUGCACCCCACUAUUUUAAACUGAAUUCUGUUCAUGUGCUGAUUCGCCAUGGGGACCGAUAUCCUCUUUAUGCCAUUCCCAAAACGAAAAGGCCAGACAUUGAUUGUACAUUAGUGCCCAACAGGUAAAAGUUUUGGAUUUUACCAUUUCUCUCUAGGCUUUAUUUGUUCAGUAGAAUGCAAGUACCCAUAAAUAGUCCAUGGGCAUUCUGUAUUGGAUUUCCACAUGCUCAAGUAGAGACGCACGUACUUUAAAAGAGUCCUUUCCACCCAUAGUGCCUAGUCUAUAUGUUCACACAAAAUACCAGUUAUUUUCUGCUCUCCUCUGUUUCCAUCUCUUGCAUAAAGAUUUCUAAAGGUUCAAGGCAUGAUGAAAGUGCAGAUAAAUAAUGGAGCCUUAUUUUAUUUACUGAAUUUGUUUGUGUGCCCAUCAAUUUAAACUCUCUGGUCGACUCAGACAACAGAGAAUACUAAACUACAUUAAAAUACAAUAACUAAAAAGCAAUAAAGACAAUAAAAUGCAGCAUUAAAAGCUCUCCUUCGGAGCAAAGGAAAAUAAAAUCAGUUAGCUGCUCAGAUUAUAAAAUAAGUGCAGCUCAAUUACUAAGACCCCACACAACUUGUUUUGUUCUACUUCUGUUUUAUAAUACAAGUUGUUUAAAAGGUGAGUAAAUAAAAGCCUUUCAAAAGGAAGACAUCUAGUAAGCCUCUUUGGAAGCCAUUCCACUACUGAGAAGGCCCUCUCCAUCUUCUCACCUUGUUUGAGAAACUUUGUGGAAUUUCGCCUCUGAUGAUGAUCUUACGGAAUACACUAGGCAUAUUCAGAAUAAGGUGGUCUCUAGGUAAAGGUAAAGGGACCCCUGACAAUUAAGUCCAGUCUUGAAUGACUCUGGGGUUGUGGCACUCAUCUCGCUUCACAGGCCGAGGGAGCCGGCGUUUGUCUGCUUCCACAGACAAUUUUUCCGGGUCAUGUGGCCAGCAUGACUAAGCCGCUUCUGGCGAACCCAGAGCAGCGCACGAAAACACCAUUUACCUUCUUGCCGGAGCAAUACCUAUUUAUCUACUUGCACUUUUUUUGGUGUGCUUUUGAACUGUUAGGUUGGCAGGAGCAGGGACCGAACAACGGGAGCUCAUCCCGUCACGGGGAUUCAAACCACCGACCUUUUGAUUGGCAAGCCCAAUUGGCACAGUAGUUUAACCCACAGCGCCACCAAUUUAGCUAACCUAGUCCCAAGCUAUUAAGCGAUUUAAAGGUUAAAAUCAGCACUUUAAAUGAGACCCAGGCUGGAAGCCGGUAUUGCAUAUAAAGCCCUGCCAUAAUAUGAGAUAAACACCUAGUCCCUGUUUCAGAUCAACAGUUUAAGACCAUUGUUAAGGGCAGCCCACAUUGCAAUAUCCUAAAUUUACCUCUGGGAGUUACCAGAGCACCUGUAACUGCAACUGAGCUAUCUCUAUUGAUGUAUAGUUACAGCUAGUUUAUCAGCUGGAGUUGAUAAAAAGGUACUUUGAGCCAUAGAGGCCACAUGAGCCUCUUACAGCAGUGUUGCAUCAAUAAGCACCCCCACACUGUGAACCCAAUCCUUUGGGAAGAAUGUAACUCCUUCCAGAGCAGGUUGACCAACACUCAUCAAGAGUAUCUUUGUUUUAUUUGUGUUGAAUCUCAGUUUAUUAACCCUUGUCCAGUCCAUUAAGCUGCUUGGGCAGAGUUCUUCAUCCGCAGUCCUUCUGAGCUGGACAUAUUUUCCAUGCUGGUCAGUGGUCAGCUGGAAUUGACCAAGUGCCAACCACAUCUCUAUUCUCAGGUUCCAGUAACUGGAAGCCAUCUAGAAAUAUGGGACCCAAUGAUGCUGUAUAUUAACCACAAGGGCCAAACAAUUUCACCCUCGAGAGUGUCCUGCAAAUGUGUAACAGCUAGCAACUGAGUUCUACCUUGGCCAGAUGGUAAUUGGCUCUGCAGCACUCAGAUAUGCUCCUCUGGAAAAUGAUUGAGGAGGAAAAAAUGCUUUUUCCACCUCUAUCAUUGCCACAUCGUAGGCUAGAUAAUGGGCUGUAAUGCAGUCAAACUCAUCAUAAACUUUUUUUCUCCUAUGUCAGGGUGUUUUGAAGAGAACCACAGAAUCUCCCCUUCUCUUCAUUAAUCCACUCACACUCUUAAAACAGUUUGAUAUAUUCUGUUUGUCAGUUAUCUUUCUGUAAUGUUAGCUGUAGUGCCAGCGCAGUUUGAGAAUAGUGGUGUCCCCACCCCCACCCCCAUUUUUGAACACUUUGUGUGCUCCUUCAACAAUAGUGAGAUCCUUCUGAAAUGCAAGUAUGUUGACUAUGGAUUCAGUGUAAAUAAACUGCAUUCAGAGGUGUUAAAAUAAAUGAUACAUUCAUGUUAUAAAUUGCUUAUUGGCAUCACAGAUGGGAGUCUAGUUUACUUAUCUGAUGGUUUUGUCAAGAUAGCCAGCUAGAAAACAAAAGUUCAUUUUUGAUGCUACGAAAAGGGUCAGAACACAUGCUUAAAGAUAACUAGAAUUGCUAAAGGAGGACAAGUAAUAUGUUGAAUGAAGUUGUAUCAUAAUUAUAAAGAUAAUAGUUAAAACCAAUCCUGGUUUGUGUUACACAAAGGUGAGGAAUGUAACAUGAACUUUAUAUGUUCAGUAUCUGUAAAAUUGCAUAUAAUUGAAUUUGGAGAAGGGUGAGAAACAACCAACAGCGUAUUGCGGUAAACACAUUUUCACAAACAAAACUGUAGAAUCCUGAAACAGGGAAUGUAUAUUAAAUGUUUUUAGGGUUGAACCUACUUGGUGUUACCAAAGUGUACUGGCCACAGUAAGCAAUUAAAUUCUAUAAUAGGAUAAGCAGUUAGUAAUGUGCUAAUUGCAGUGAUAGGAUUUUUUAAUGAACUUACUCUAGGGAAUGAAACAUUAAUUGAAGAGAGAUAAUUCAAAGCCAUUUGGAAAGCCUACAGGGUUUACCAGUCUCGGCUCUAAAAUGUCUUGCUGUAUAGCAUUAAAGAAAAUAUUUUGCAGAGUUGUCAAGUGCAUGUGACAGGGGUAGAAACCUUUUUUUUUUUUAACCCUUAGAAGCUGUAUAAAACUUAGUUGUAAUUAAAAUCAGCAGAUCACACUGUAGAGAAGCCCACCAUACAUUGAAUUUGGAAGGUCAAGGUCAGUUUUUUAUUAUAUCCAGUGAGUUACUUCAUCAAAAUUUAUUCAGAUCUCCUGAUUUAGUUGUUCUCACCAAUCACUUGGGAACAACCAUAACAUUUUCUGAGAAGAGAAUAGUGUGAUAUGUGUGACUUUUGAUAUGUUAAACUAAUUCAUUCCUGGCAUUCCUUGAACACAGGAUGCAAGGCGCUGUGUUGACUUCUUUCCACCAAGCAGAGAAACUUGGUGGACUCUCAGAUGCUCAUCUAUACUGAUUUUUUUAUAAUUGUUUAAUGUGGCUUCUGAUUGGAUAGAACCCCCAUAGAGGCCCUCUGUACCUGCCCCCUCGCUGAAAUAGGGUGACUGGUAACCAGACACAUCCUUUCUUUUGAAUUGUACUUCCACUGAGGCAUAGUCUUUUUCUUUUCUAUAAAUGUGUAAAACAGUGAUAUACCUAGCAACCUUAUGAUAACAUGCAACCAAUAAUAAAUUGGUUAGGCUUUAAGAUGCACCAAAUGUUUUUACUGUUUUUUUGCUGCAAGAGUUUAACACAACUAUUUCUAUGGAAGUUGUUACUGGGCAAACAUUCAGGUUGCAGAUUGCACCUGCCACGAACAGAACAUGCUUCUUGGGGAGCCAUUCAUAUUAGCUCCACAUUUCUGCAAUGUGCCUACAUGCUGGCCGCACACAUGGUUCUCUUGCUUUUUUUCUAGAAAAAAGAGGUACUUUGACCGACAACCCUAAGUUGAGGAGAUUUUUUUCAGGGGGAGGGGGGAGAAACGCACUGCCCCACCACCUCCGACACAUGCACACAGCUGCCAGUAUGCUACAAAAGGCUGCCAAAACACACCAAAGAGGUGGUGGAACUCAGUUCUGGUGAGUUACGGCUAAAAAAAGCCCUGUUAAAGGGCUUAUCUAAAGCUAGAAGAGAGGCAGAUGAACUUCAUUGUGUGACAUCGCGGAGAGGAGAUGAGGGGAUCAGCAGCUGUGGAGGCAAAUUGAGCAAGAGCUGUCCCUAAAUAAUUGCAGGACUAUUUUAGGAACUUUCUAGUUAGGCUUGUAGUGUAGCAAAGAAAGUUCUUAAUAAUGACAUAGUGACUUCUGUGAAAGUACAGUUGUUUGUAGUGAGAAUUAAAACAAUGGUAGAACUGCCACACAUACAUUCAUACUGAUAGCUGUUUAAGAUCAGUUAUUUUUUCAUUAUAAUUUGUAUUUGUUUAAGCUCUUUGGACUUUGUCUUGCAUUAAGUAUCCCAUUUGUAUUCCACCCCAUUCUCCAUUUCAUUUAGUAUUCCACAGAUGGAGUUCAUUAAUUACGCAGAUUAUGCUGCAGCCCUAUGGACUUCUAAUGGAUAUGCAGGAUAGCUUAAGGGGUCCUGCUUGGGCUUUGUGAAUUAAGAAGUGUGGUAUAUAAAUAGUGAAGAAUGAAUGUAAGAAAAUAGACCAAGUCCCUGGGGAUUUUUCCUGUCAAAUUUCAAUUAACAUUUUCAAAUCAAGGUAGAUUUCCACAGAGAAAACUUGUUUUUGUAGCUGUUCACCAGAAUAAUUAACUUUCUGUUUGUGUGUGUGUGUGUGUAUGUGUGUGUGUGAGUGUGUGUGUGUUAGGAUUUAGAUACAUCAUACUUCAGCUUUGUAUUAAUUUCAGAUGUGAAAGAUAUGCUGCUUGAUUAAAAUCUGUUCAGAAUGCUACCAUCUAGUUUUAUAAAAAAAGGUAAAGGACCUCUGACAGUUAAGUCCAGUCACAGACAACUCUAGGGUUGCGGCACUCAUCUUGCUUUACAGGCCAAGGGAGCCGACGUUUGUCCGCAGACAGUUUUUCCAGGUCAUGUGGCCAGCAUGACUAAGCCGCUUCUGGCGCAACGGAACACUGAAACCAGAGCAGUGCACGGAUAUGCUGUUUACCUUCCUGCCAGAGCGGUACCUGUUUAUCUACUUGCACUUUGACGUGCUUUCGAACUGCUAGGUUGGCAGGAGCUGGGACUGAGCAACGAGAGCUCACCCCGUCGCAGAGAUUCGAACCACUGACCUUUUGAUCGGCAAGCCCAAGAGGCUCAGUAGUUUAGACCACAGCCGCCACCCACGUCCCUAUCGUGUUUUAUAGUUGAUAGUAAUGAAAUGGCAAAAAGAAAAGAAAUGUAUAUACCAGUUAAAAGAGGCAAAUACAAGCUCUGUUAUCUGAUACUUCAAUGGCUAUAACAACAACAAUGGCAAAACUAACAUUAUUUUUUUGAAACCUAUAUAGUGUAUAAAUUAUGUAUAUAGUGUAUAUAGUGUACAAAUUAUUCCAGCAGGGUCUUUUUUGUCUGAUAUCCUCCCAGCAUCUCCUGUAAGCAAACUUCUUGAGCAGUUAGAGAUCCACCAGGCAAAAGCUAAGGCCAUGUGUUUCUUUCCCCUUUAAUCUCUUGAUCAGCAGCUGUUGUGUUAAGGGAGCUUAAAAUGGGAGGUCUGCUUAUUGAUGUCAAACUUUUGUACUCAAUAUGCAUUUCAGAAUAUCCUCUGAUUUGCCAACAGAACAUUCUGUUGGAGGGUUUUCUUCAAUACAUUGGAAGUGCUGUAAAUGAAAAAGAAAAUUAGUUCAACUAGUAAAAAUAUGGGAUGGAUUUCAGUUCGUGCCUUUGCACUCAUUGAAUAAUCUUUGAGCCAUGGGUGGGGUCUGCAAACAAAAGGGGGGCAGAUGCUAUUUUUCUCGGCUGUCUUCCCCCUCUAGCCCCAACAGCCCUGAUAAAUUAGCCCCAGAGACUUAGGAGAUCCUCAGAGCAGGCUGCAAGGUGUCAGCGGAAGGGGAAUCAGCAAAAAUUGCCUCCCUCCCUCUUAUUUUUAUGGCAUUUGUGCUGGAUCAAAAGCUAUUCCAUGUGUAAAGGUAAUGGUAAAGGUACCCCUGCCCGUACGGGCCAGUCGUGACCGACUCUAGGGUUGUGCGCUCAUCUCACUCAAGAGGCCGGGAGCCGGCACCAUCCGAAGACACUUCCGGGUCACGUGGCCAGCGUGACGAAGCUGCACUGGUGAGCCAGCACCAGUGCCGCACACGGAAACGCCGUUUACCUUCCCGCUAUAAAGCGGUACCUAUUUAUCUACUUGCACUUAAGAGUGCUUUCGAACUGCUAGGUAGCAGGAGCUGGGACCGAACGAUGGGAGCUCACCCCGCCGCGGGGAUUCGAACCGCCGACCAUAUGAUCGGCAAGUCCUAGGCACUGAGGUUUUACACACAGCGCCACCCGCGUCCCUAUUCCAUGUGUACAAAGGCAUAAAUUGGAUUCUAGCCACGGUUAGAAUUAUAGGCUUUUCGAUAAUUCACUUCAACAUGCUAAAAAAUUGUUGAUAAGAUUUUUAAAUUUUAUUUUUGGACAUAAGAAAGCAUCAAGUUAAACGUUACACCCCCAAGGUAUUAAAAAGGGCCAAGUUGUGUAAUUAAUCUCUUGCAUUUUUAUUAUUUCCAUGUUUUUAUGGAAAUUAAUUUUUAAGAAUCUCUCUGGAGGCUUAAGCUUUCAAACUACACAGACUAACUUAUUUGUGUUCCGCUCAGCCCCAGCAACCUUCACAUUGUUGCCUGGAUACUCCAUCUCCUGUAGUAUCUGUAAAUUGGCCAAUUCAACAGCAAGAUUGCUAAUCUGAUUUUUUUUUAAAAAGCAUAUGGAAAGGUAAUUGGCCUAGCAGCAUCUGAAAUACUUUUUCAAAAUCUCUUUGCCACCUCUUCCUUCCAUCCUUUCUCUUGCGAAUUAUCACAGUGGGAGACUUGUAUGUAGGAAGCUUCCUGUAUGGCUCCUAGAGACUAGCUUGAAUUGUUUGAUGGUGCACUAUUAGACUGGCGUGCAACAAGGAAGUUUUCUAUUGCUAAAAACGUUGAGAUUUCAAAAUACAGAUUCCCCCAGUUUCUUGUAAAUGCCACCAUCUGCAGAGUAUCUGCUAAAUUAAUUUGUGGCAUGGCAUACAAAUAUAGAUACAGAAGCUCAAUUUGAGACAAGUGGUGAAGUGAGUAUAUGUGCAUCUAUUGUGUGCCAAGCAGCUCACUAAAGAUUCCUGAGUAACCUUAGCAGUAAUGGAAUAAAAUGAGAAGUCCGCUUGUGGAUCAGUAAUUGGUUAAGAAGCAGAGAGCAGGAAAAACUGGACAGUUCUUUCAGUGGAAGGAUGUAAAAAAUGAAGUCUGUGAAGGAGUCUGUACUUUUUAAGUUGUUCAUAAUCAAUUUAGUGUCGGGGUGCGCAGUGAGGUGCUUAAAAUGAAAGGAGACCAUGAAGAGCUCCAGAAGAAUCUCUACAGACUGAGUGAAUGGGCAGUAAAUUAGCAAAUACAACUUACAUUAAAGUGUAAAUUGAUGCACAUUAGGGCAAACAAGUCUUAUGCUCCAUUUAACAUAGUGGCACUUACUUCCAAGUAAACAUGCAUAGUUUUGCUUUGUAAAUGCACAUUCAGACUUCUGGUAUACCAAAUAGGUAUUGAUGUGGUUUUGCAUAUGAAGGCUGCGAGUGAACUCUGUAGAAUUUGCCCAUGUCACUUUGGUUCUUAGACACAAAAGGUCUCAAUGUCUUCUAUUUCACUUUUCCCUUCCUGAAAUAGUAUUAUAUCUACAAAUCCAACCAUAACUAGAAGUUUUCUCAUUUGUAUAUUCUGUACUUUUCACUAUGUGAAAAGUAAGGGUAAGGUGUCAUACAGUGUGCUUAUAUUGAAGUGAUAGCAUGGCACCCCCUUGUGGUUUAAGUUAGUUUUAAAAGUCUGAUAUAAAGUAGCAAAGAGUUGCCAUUUAAUUGACCAAUUUCUUUUGAACACUUGUUCAGACACAGAAUGGAACUUAAGUUAACAUUCUUUUUUAAAAACCACCUCUAUUGCCUAAUGCACACAUUUUAUAUUAAAAUAUAUAUUUUUAAAUUCUUUUUUCUUUUUAAAGAAACCUACAAUAGCGCAAAUGUCAAUGCAGUGAAUGGAGUAAAAUCUUUGUAGACAAUGCAGUGUAUUGAGCUUCAGGAACUUUGUGUUAUAUAGUCUCACAUUAGGACAUUAACCAAAAUUAAUAGGUUGCUAUUGUAAUUCCAAAAAUUAUUAGUAGGAAAGACUGGUGAAAGGUAUGUCUAAACUGUAGUGGAGAUUAUUUUAUUUUGUGUUCAAGAAGCUGUACAUCUCUCAGCUUGACUCUUUCUAUAAUUGGUAUCCUCCUCUAAGAAAAGGUUUCAUGCUGGGAAUGAGCAGCAGGAGAGACAACAUGGCUUUGACCAAGAAAGUAAAUGCAGGACUUUCAGCUUCUGCCUUCUGGAAGAAGGUACAGGGUUAUAAAGACUAGGAGUAGCUGCCUGAGAAACAGUUUCUAAUCAAAUGCGAUUUUGGUUUUAAACGCAGUGUAAGGUAGUCUCUAUGGGAGUAUAUUGUAUUUAAUUAUGGGGUAUCAGAGUUUUGGGGGGGCUAACCAGGCUGGGAUAGCUGAGAUAGCAGGCUUGUUGGUUUUUGAAUGUCUGAUGAAGAUUCUUUCAGUUUCAUUGUUCUGUAUGGGACAAUGACAAUAAAGAUGAUCGUAUCGUAUCGGACCACCCUUAACUCACCACUGCAUAAUUUAAGAGCUCUUCAGAGUUGUCUGGAUGUAAGAGAUUCCUAUGGUGGCAGUAUAACUCUCAGGCAGGGUUUGGAAAGUUGUGAAGGCUUAGUCGUUACUUCAGAAAAAGAGGAGAGGAAAAUACUUUUGAAAUAAGUAAGCAGUUAAAGAGUAAAAACAACUCAGACUCUUCAUUGAUUUUUAACUGUGGCUUGAUCGCAUUGCAUGAGCAGAGCACACUUCUGCCUGCACAGGUAGGAAGUGGCAGAGAAAGCCAUCUCCUCCAUCUGCACUCCCUGUGCCUCCGAGACAAGACUUCAGAUGUAGGAAUAGCUGGCUAUCUUGGACAUCAGCAGAAGAGCCUUUCACUCUUGAAGUGGGAUCCUAGGAUGCAAACAAACAAAUGUAGCUGCUUUAAAACACACACCAGAACACCCCCCUCCUCCAAAGUGAUGUAAUGAAAUUGUUGUCGUCUUUCCCCCUUAUAUACGAAAGUCUUGUUGGAAAGGUUGAGAUCAGUCCUGAUGCUAGUCACUGAUUUGCACUGUGAUUUCAUGGGAUCCUUUUAGCAAGGGGUAGCUGGCUGCUUCAGCUUUGCAAAAUGCCACAUGCAUUUAUGAUAUUAAUCAAGGUGUCUAGGCUGUGCAGUGGUAAGAGCAAACCUGUCUGUCAGUAAUGGGAAAGAAGCAUAUAAGAGCGGAGCUGUUAAUGAAAACUGCUUGGUGGCUUUGGUCUAAUUUUCACUCCACUGAGUUGCUGUCCUCUGGUUUGUGCAAAAGCACACUGUUACCAUGUCACUCCUGGAUUAAAAUGUAGUUUGGCAGUUUAGUGGGUGGCGGCUUGAAGUGAAAAUGAAAAGAAGCACCCAGCUGUGUUUCAUUCUGAUUUGAUUUUUUUUUUGUAGUUUUCUGAAUGGUAGCCAGUUUCUUUAAAUGGUUUUUCUGUGCUAGGUUUUUAAAUUGGCAUGUACUGAUAUUUGGAAAUUGGCUUAUGAAUUUAAGUUAACUAGAUUUAAAUACAGUCAUACCUCGAGUUACAGAUGCUUCGGGUUGCACGAUUUUGGGUUGCGCACCAGAACUGGUUACUUCCGGGUUCUGGUGCUUGCGCAUAUGCAGAAGUGUUAAAUCGUGCUUUGUGCAUGCACAGAAGUGCCGAAUCAUGACCUGUGUGUGUGCACAUGCGGCGCUGUGGGUUGCGAACACUGCAGGUUGUGAACAUGCUUCCCGCACGGAUCACGUUCCCAACCCGAGAGUCCACUGUACAUCCAGAUUUAUGCAUUUUAUUAUUUUUAACUAUCUAGAGACUCAAAGCACCAUGUAAAAUAUAAUACUCUUCCAAAAGGAUUUUACAGCAUCAAAUAGCCUAUGGGUACCUGUAUUGUAUUUGAACUGAUUUUAUGUAUGUGCUGCUGCUGUUUUAAAUUGUACAUAUGUAAUUGGUUUUUUAAUGUUCUCAUAGUUUUUAUAUAUGCAGUUUUUAUAUAUGCAGUUGCUUUAACUGUAUUCAGAUAUGUAACUGUUUAGAUUUGCUUUUGGUUUUAUUAUUUUGUAUAUUGUUUUGGCUCAUGAGAAGUGAUUUGUAACGAAAUAAAUAAUAAUAUGAUAUAAGAAGGUGAAAAUGCAGCCUAACUUGCAUGCAGCAAUAUUAAUAGUAAUUUAGAGGAAGCGUGGAUCUCCUGCUCUUCUUGUUCCAAGCUAGAGUUUUUCUGCUUAUUUCUUAUUUGACAUUUUCAUAGGAUGAAACCAUGUACUAUACAAACGUGUUCAUCACAGUAAUUUCUCACCUCUCUUUUAAGAAAAUAAAUCCCCAGAAAUUGGUACUGAACCAUCCAUUGCCUACCACUCCACACACCAGAUACGUUGUUUUUCUCUUUUAUGAAGAUAGUAGGUCAUUUCAUAGAGAUCAUAUAGAAAGCUAACAUUGUCCUGACAGCAAAAUAGUAGCUCUGAAAUAGUGCAUCCUGGGUUACAGCAGCACAACUUCUUUGGAGGUUUUCUUAUGUAUUUUUAGCUGUUAAUAGAUAGAUAGAUAAAUUUAUUGUCAUUGUCCGUAUAUACACAGUAUACACAACAACGAAAAUCAAACACCCACUCGAAGACCGGGUUCACAUACACAUUUGCACGUAUCUCCAACACUCUCAUCCUAUUCAGACAUAAUCUAUAAAAACAUAUCAUACUCCAGAAUGUAACAUAACCUAUUAAAAGCAUAACAUAACCUAACAUAACUGUUGCGUUUCUUCCCUCUUCCUCCCAUCACACGCUGGUUUUUUCAGACCUUAACACCCAUCUGCAUGGCUGCAUAUUUCAUUUCUUUUAAGAGCAGAGUUUUGUAGUUCCCUCCCGCCACCCAGCAGUAGGUAUGCCUUCAUAAUGAAAUGGUGUGACUUGACAUAAUUAGAGCACUUUAAUCUUUACAGCUUCUUCAUGUGUUUAAGAGUUUUUGUUUGGUUUAUCUCCUUUAGGAAACCUUCCCACCCUCAGCUUGAAGCUUUUAUUAGCCAUAUGUCUAAAGGAUCAGAAACCCAAAUGGAUGGCACUCUGAGCAGCAUGCCUCGUUACCCCAGCCAUUCACUGUGUGAAAUGGGAGAGCUUACACAGACAGGUGAUUUUCUACAGCUGUUUUAUUUCCAUGUCCAAAAGAAACCAGCAUGUCAAGAGGCUCUUUGGUUCUUAAUUGGAACUUCCUAGGUGCUUGUUAAGGGUUCAAAAAAAUGAUUUUUCCAGGGGACAUCGCUGGUACUUUCUAAAGGAUACCAUGGUUGUAAUAGCAAUAUCCCAAUUGUUUAUGGGUUGUUGAUUUUUUUAAAAGAGAAAAUUGUCAUAUUUCCUUCUUGCCUGUACAACCAUUUAAGACUUGUGCAACUAACAUUUUUGAAAAAUGUUUUUAUAUUCUUAGCAUGAUCUGCCCACCCCAGCCAUUACCCUUUCACAUGGAUUCUAUGAAGUGACUGCAUGAGCAGAAAGCAGCUCAGGCACUCAAUAUUUUUAUACUCCUUCCUGUGCAACCGCAUGUACCCCCAAAACCUUCUCAGGGGUGGGGGGUCGGCCAGAGUUUGGUGAACGUUUGGAGCUAUGUCACAUGGGAGGGAAGAUGCUUCUGAAAUUGGACAGAGAGAUUUUGUGCCAUUGUAGCUGCCACUGGAGCAAGAUAGUUCUGCUCCAUUUCAGAUGAUUUCCCCCUCACAUCACAGCCCAUGUGACACAGCUCCCAAAAGGGUCAACCUUUGACCCUCUUGAGAGGAUUUUUGACUGGGUGCUUCAGAGGGGAGGGAAAGAAAGAAUAAGGUAGGUUGCAUGCCUUAUACCCAGGCAACUGCUGGAUACAACACAAUUUCUCUCACAGUACAGUGGUUCCUCUAGUUACGAACUUACGGUAAUUUGUUCCGGAGAUCUGUUCUUAACCUGAAGCUGUUCUUAAAUAGAGGCAUGCUUUCGCUAAUGGGGCCUCUUGCUGCCACUGCGCCGCCGGCACACGAUUUCCGUUCUCAUCCUGGGGCAAAGUUCUCAACUCAAGUUAACUCUUCCAGGUUAGCGGAGUUUGUAACCUGAAGCGUUUGUAACCUGAGGCGUUUGUAACUCGAGGUACCACUGUACCCAAGAUCACUCUCAAAUUAUUUUGUAGAAGAAAGCUUACCUUCUUCUUUUUCUUUUUUGAAGGGAUUGUACAGCACUUGCGAAAUGGACAACUACUGCGGAAUAUUUAUAUAAAGAAGCAUAACUUGAUCCCAAGUGACUGGACAAGUAAACAUUUGUAUUUGGAGACAACUGGAAAGAGUCGAACACUACAGAGUGGGCUGGCACUACUAUAUUCCUUCUUGCCAGAAUUUGAUUGGAAGAAAAUUAACUUUAGGCACCAGUGGAGCACAAUUUUUUGUUCUGGAAGCUGUGAUUGCCCGAUAAGAAACCAUUACCUAGAGGAGGAACAACGGCGUCAGUACAGCCUACGGGUGAAAAACAUACACUUGGAGAAAACGUAUGCAGAUAUGGCAAAGAUUGUCGGCAUACCCACAAGGCAGUUAAGGGCUUCUAACCCUGUAGAUUCUAUGCUGUGUCAUUUUUGCCAUAAUGUCAGCUUCCCAUGUACCAAGAAUGGCUGCAUUAACCUUGAGCACUUUAAAACAAUCAAGACGCAUCAACUUGAAGAUGAAAAAGAGAGGCAGGAGAAGAAAUAUUACUACUUGUAUGCGCUACUGGCCACUCAUCCUAUCCUUAACCAGACAGCCAGUCGUAUGCAGCGCAUUGCAGAAGGCAAGAGAGAAGAACUAUUUGUCCUUUAUUCUGCUCAUGAUGUCACCUUGUCCCCUGUUCUGAGUGCCUUAGGCAUCACUGAGGCCAGGUUCCCAAGAUUUGCAGCCAGACUAGUCUUUGAGCUGUGGAAAGAUGGAAAGAAAUACAAAGAACAUUUUAUCCGCAUCCUUUAUAACGGUGUUGAUGUCACAUUCCAGACUUCAUUCUGCCGGGAUUAUAACAAACAUUACACCAAACUGAUGUGCCCCUUAGAGAAAUUUGUUCGUUUUGUUAAACAAGACAUGUUCUCACCUUUUAAUAGCACCAAUUACUAUGAUGCAUGUCACAGGAGGCCAUUCUAA